AUGGCGGAAGAAAACAAAUUAGAUAUUUUGUCUUCUUCAGAUCAGCAGGAAAAACCAAAAGGGAACAAAUUGCAUUUCAGUUUAAUUCAUAAUUAUCCCCAGAAAAAUGCGGAGAUCCUGAGCAGCCAAUAUGGGUUCAAUGUCUUCUUGGCCGGACUGCUGUUGAUGUUUGCUUGGGCUAUCCAUGCUGUUGGGAUAACAGACAGAGAUUUGCUUUCUUACCUUAUCACUUUGAUGCUAAUACAACUGGUCUGGAUGUUGUGGUAUAUUUUUGGAAGUUACAGUCAAAGACGGUCAAUCAUAGAGAAAGAUACAGAUGCUGGAGCGAGGUGGUUAAGAUGUAAGUGCAAUAUUGCCCCUUAGAUAACAUGAAUUAUUAUGUGUAAACAGCGUGACAGUGCAGGUACCUUUGUAGUAAUACAGUGAAAUAUGCAACAUGUUUAACCCUUAAAGACCAAUGACAGUCAAUGCUAUCCUAACAAUCUGGUCUUUAAAGGAACAUCAAAGCUUUAGGAAUACAAACGUGAUGCUUUAGAACCCCUGCCCUUAUUUAAAUACAGCCCUGCCAUUUUUACAUAAAAAUAAAUAAAAUACAUGAUUUACAUGAGGUUUUUUCCAGCAUCGAGGUUCCCUAGCUGCUGCUUACCUCUCAUCCUUUUGCAACAUCAUAGAGAAGGCAUGUGUGGGGAACUAAUGUUGCCGCAUGCACAUUGACUCAAUGCUUUCCUAUAGGAGCUUUAACAUCAUGUGACCAAGUUCUACUUAAUCAAUGUUACGGAAGUGCCUCUAGUGACUGACAACCACUAGGGGCGGAUUUAACCCUGCAAUGUAGCUGCUGCUUACCUCUCAUCCUUUUGCAACAUUAUAGAGAAGGCAUGUCUGGGGAACUAAUGUUGCCGCAUGCACAUUAACUCAAUGCUUUCCUAUAGGGGGCUUUAACAUCAUGUGACCAAGUUCUACUUAAUCAAUGUUACGGAAGUGCCUCUAGUGACUGACAACCACUAGGGGCGGAUUUAACCCUGCAAUGUAAACAUUGCAGUUUCCAAAAAAAAAAAACUGCAAUGUUUUAAAUUGCAGGGUUAAAACUAAAAGACUACUGCACCCAAACCACUUCAUUGAGAUGAACUGGCCUAGGUGCCUUUAGUGUCCCCUUAAAGACCCAACAUUCCAGAAUGUUAGUAAAUUAUGUAAAAGGAAAAAUCCUACUUAUUAAGAGACAGCUAUAUUAUAGGGAUUUUCUAACACUAAACCAAAACAGGGCAUUUUCUUGAAGGUGAUGUAGCAGUGGACGUUUCUAAAGUGGAGAGGGGAUGUCAGACUCUAGGUGCCAUACUACCUGGUAGAACUGUACCUGAAACAAGGGUCUUCCUAACUGUCACUUGCACUAAAAUGGCACAGUGUAAACAGUCUUCCAAGUGUCUAUUCACUCAUCAGUUUUCUGGAGAACUGCAUACCCAUCAGCCUUAUUUUUACCUGCACUUCCCCCAGUGGGGGACGCAGGUCACAUGUUACCUGGGUAUUCUCAAUCUGUAGCAGUAGAGGGUGCAUGCAUGAGCAUGAAGAACAUAUCUCUCCCAAUGACUUAGCCCUCCCUAAACUUUCUUUUUAAACUCUGCCCAGGGGAUGGCUGGCAACUUAUGGCUUGGGGGGCAAAAACAGUUUAGUAGCCCAAUCCAAUUUUACCAACCCACCCGUAAACAUCAGGAUAGACACAAGUGCACAAACAAAUAGAUGAUAGACAUACAAGAUAAUUGAAUAGAAAAUGAAAGUGCUAUGUACUUGGGCAUUUAGAUGUGAAAAGUGGUUAGGAAGCAGCCCCGAGAGCAAUUGUCACCUCACUUGACACUUGGACAUCACUAAUCAAUAAGGGAGAUGUUCCCAGCCAGGGAACAAGCAUUUAGUCAAAUGGGUUCUGAAGGAUUUUCCAGCAAGGGAAUGCUAUUAAUGCAUUCAAUGCAUAAACCUUGUAUAUCAUGUCAAUAAGCAGUAAGUGGAUAAACCUUGUAUAUCAUGUCAAUAAGCAGUAAGUGGAUAAACCUUGUAUAUCAUGUCAAUAAGCAGUAAGUGGAUAAACCUUGUAUAUCAUGUCAAUAAGCAGUAAGUGGAUAAUCUUUGUAUAUCCCGCGCUGAGCAGUAAAUACAUAAACUAAGUAUAUCAUAUCAAUGAGCAGUAAACACAUAAACCCUGUAUAUAAUGCCAAAGAUCAGUAAAAUCACAAAAUGUGUAUAUCAUGCCAAUGAGCCAUAUAUGCCUCCAAAAAGCUUGCCAUUGCCUUCUGUGCACCCAAACAGCUUGCCAGUGCCAUCUCUGUCACCAAUCACUCUGUGACAUGUUUCUGCCCCGAGUCUCUCUGUGUCAUAUCUCUGCCCCCAGCAAAUCUGUGCCAUAUCUCUGCCCUCUAGCAACAUGCUCAGGCAUCCUGAUUGCAUUCCCAGCACUUGUUUCUGGCACCCAGAUAGCAUCCCCAGCAUUUGCUCUGCACCCAGAUACCUGGCAUCCCCUGUUACCCCAGGACCCAAAUGGCAUCCCCUUCACUUACCCCAUCUCUCAGAUGGCAUCCGCUUCACUUACCUCAGGACUCAGAUGGCAUCCUCAGGACCUCCCUGUUUUCUAGUGGGAGGCAGUCUGGUGCAUGUGCCAUGUGUAUGUGCACAGACAUCCUGUCUGUCUGGGUCAUGCACAUGUUUGGUGAAGUCAGAGGUUGCGGUUCAUCUGGCUUGCGACCUCUGGGUUCCCGAGACACAUGGGAAGCACGAGAGGCAGAUCGACAGAAUGUAGACUGUGCACAGGAACCACACUGCCUUUUCUUCUAUGUAGAGGGCAAAAUAUACCAGCAAUGCUCAUCAUUUGUUGCUGUGAUAAACUAUGUAUUCAAUGCAUUUGGUGGCAUUUAAUUUAUAAUAAUGGAGGCAUUUUAUUAUAUUAUAUUUAUAUUAAUUUAUAUUAUAAAUAAAAUGUAAUAUAUAGGGAUUAUGGACUUACACACUCACACCUUUUUACAGUGACUUUAUUUACAUACACACAAACAAAAUACAAAUUCAGACAAAAUAAUCAGUUCCCCUUAUCCUCCAGGUGGGCCAUAGCUAAGUACUGUGACUGGAGGAGAAGGGGAUCAUCUUCCAGCCUGCAGGAAGUAACGCAUGUUCCUAAUGGGGGAGCAGGAGAGUCAUGCACUGUGCACAUAGACUGCUUCCUGCCCCCCUUCAGAGGGUUUCUAGUGUUUACAGGCAGGGUGCAGUCUGCAUACAGGUCACAUCUGGGAGUCAAUUGCCCCUUAUCAAGCCCAGUCCACCCCUGACUCUGUCCACUGAGUGGAGGGAUAGAGAAGAGAGGUGUAGGAACUCCCAAUUGUAUGGAAUUAUUAGAAUCAUAAUACUGGCUUGAACACCAUAACCCUAAUUAUAUAUCUCCAUAUAUUCACACACAUAUUAUUGUUGCCUAUUUGAUACAUGACAUUCUAUGUUCUAGCUUUCUCAUUUGUUUUUUUAUGACACAAUACAAUAUGGCCUUAUUGAUAUCCUACCUAACAUCCGUAUUUUAAGUGAAUGCUGUCCCAUAUUUCUUGUACACUACAAAAUGAAUAAUGGAAAAAGAUUAACAAAAUGUCAAUAACACGGUGUUGUUUAUUUACUAAAUUCUCUAAAUUACUGAAUUACAAAGUUUACAUUCAAAUAUCCAUGCUGUGACUAUAAUGGAGUUUACAAUAUGCUUUUCAGUUCGCUACAAUUAGCGAAUAAACCUCAAGAUUAACAAUUGAAAAUUGAAUCACAAGAUUAUGCCAAAAAUAUCACAUGUGCAAAAAUUCAUGUGAAGUCACAGUUUGGCAGUUAGAGCCUAAAUCUUACCAUUUGAGCUGAAGGUUAUGUUUUUUUUUAUUAUUAUAUUCUAUAUUGGCCUAAAUUUUGCAAGUCAUUUCCUGAAUCAUCACAAUAACUCGUGUUUAUUGAAUAAACUCCACUCUUCAGUGUGACUGAAUAUUUAACUUUUUACUUUCCUCAAUUAUUCUUUACAUAGUUGUGACAAAUUUUUAAACUCCUUUUAUAAUAAAAAAAUAUACAAUAAUCCAAUUUUUAUUGACUGUUUACAAAUUAUUAUUAUUUAUUUUUUUUGUUAGGCGGUAUUACUCUUUUUGCCGUUAUUACUCUUAUUUUGGAUUCUUUUAAAAUUGGUUAUUACAUUGGAUAUUCGGAGUGUCUAUCGAUAACAGAAGGGAUUUUUCCUGUCACUCAUACAAUUCACACACUUUUACAGGUAGGAUUUGUUUUAUUUUAAGAUCUCUCCUUUUUAAAAUAUGUACCAUUUGAUAUACUUGACACAAACUGAGAUUUAUUUAGAUUAAUUCCAUUAUUUACUUGUUUCUUAAAGGACCACUAUAGUGCCAGGAAAACAUACUUGUUUUCCUGGCACUAUAGUCCCCUGAGGGUGCCCUCACCCUCAGGGCUGGAUGGCGAGGAAAGGGGUUAAACUUACCUUUUUUCCAGCGCCGGGUGGGGAGCUCUCCUCCUCCUCUCCGCCUCCGAUCCUUCUCUUCGGCUGAAUGCGCACGCGCGGCAGGAGCUGCAUGCGCAUUCAGCCAGUCUCAUAGGAAAGCAUUUACAAUGCUUUCCUAUGGACGCUGGCGUCUUCUCACUGUGAUUUUCACAGUGAGAAGCACGCAAGCCUCUAGCGGCUGUCAAUGAGACAGCCACUAGAGGCUUUUAGGGCUGGAUUAACCCUCAGUAUAAACAUAGCAGUUUCUCUGAAACUGCUAUGUUUAUAAAAAAAAAGGGUUAAUCCUAGAGGGACCUGGCACCCAGACCACUUCAUUAAGCUGAAGUGGUCUGGGUGCCUAGAGUGGUCCUUUAACUUAGUGUUUCUUGCAUUCAAAGUGCAAUGAUUGUGUGCCACUGGGUUAAAGUACAAUGAAUUGAGUAUUGUUCCUUAAAAUACACAUUUUCCUUUUUUAAUUGAUGGUAUUCCAUACUCCUGCUGCAUGCUCCUUUGAUUACAGACCUCUUAUCCAAACCUGUUAUUACCAUGUACCUGUUCAUUUUAAAGAACAUAUCCUUGCUGACUCCUAUGAUGUCUUGAACCUUCCAAAUGAGGUUUCACAUCAUUUACUGCAAACCAUCAGUAUAUUUAAUGAGUUUCAACUGCUAAUAAUUGUAUAAAAUAGAUUAUAUAGAUCCUGUUUUAGCCAGCUGUAUUCAAUGCCUUAUUAACUAAAUUUAACCUAGUUUGUCAACAGAUUUUUUUUUUUUUUGGUAGUUGUGUUAAAGGGUUUAUUAACUCUUUAUGCGGUUGUUUUGGGUUCUUUAUUUACUAUUUUAUGUAGCUGUGUUGAGUGUUUUACACAUUAUUGACUCAAUUGGGAAGCAUUUUUUAUUUACGCAUAUCUCAAGCAAUGUCUACCCGGCUGCUCAGUUUAUGUGCUCAUGAUAUUGUUUGCUACAUUUUUCUUAUUCUGUGUCACUUUGGCAUGUUUUUUAUUAUAUGUAUUCUCAUAUUUCAAAAUAAAAAACAUCCUGCUGCUUUAUUUUAUUUGGAACAUUGGUUGUUCUAAAUAAAGAAUAGACUGUUUGAGAGCUAGGGUUUGAUUAUGAUUGACCUUAUAACCACAGUUUGACAGUGAUUGCUUUAAACUGUUGGUGCUAAUACCUUUCUUUGUGUGAUAAAUGUGCUGGUAGGGCGGGGGGGAAGAGUUGCUGUUAUGUAAUGUAAUCCUGAAAAUUCAUAAUCAACAGAGUGGGCUAGUCAUGUGCGCUGGAAAAACUUGGUACCAUUUUACAGGCUUUUAAUGGAAAAAAAGUUCAGUUUUUACAGUAAUUUAUAUUAUACGAUUUAUUAAUGACAUACAAUGACAGACACUUUUUUUUUCCAGUACACUACAAAGAAAUUAAUGUUAUAAUAGCCAACGACCGUGCCAUCAACAUAUCAAAGUACAUGUGAAAAUUGUAUAUUCAUUAAAUUGUUUCAGUUAUAAGACAGCCCACUAGAGCUGUGCAUCAGGCAGCUGGAAUUAUAACUUCCAGUCUGCCUGUAAUAACUGUGUCCAACUCGUGUAUGGAGCACAUACAUGGUACUUGCACAAGCAGGAAGGAGAGAGCCAAGCUGCGACUGGAAGCAUGUGCAGUCAACAGCACUGCGUAACCACUACUACACAGAAGCUGGUUAGCAAAAUUGUGAACUAGGCUUUCUAUAAACUGGUAGCAACUGAGAUAUGUCUGAUAUCAGUUUGUAAAACAAUUCCAUUAAUCUUCUGUGAUAAGUGGAACUGUUACUUAACGCAUAACCAUUUGCUGCGCAGAGAUUUAUGUAAUAAGAUCAGACUCCCUAAACCUGAAUAUUAGGAUCCUAAGUUGGUGAAACCUCUUUUUAUUAAGGGAUUCACACAUCCAAUUAGUGCCAUUAAAUAUGGCUGAAAUUUAUGUUGGUAAUGCCAAAGUGGAACUUCUGCAAAAGCAAUCCAGUUAGUGAGGGACUGAUGGACAUUUGGUUACUCUAUCCUGAUUCUCCUUGAUCUCUCUGCUGCCUUUGAUACUGUUGAUCAUCAACAGCUUUUUCUUUUUCAUUCUCCGUAAUUUUGGUCUACCGGAUACUGCUCUCUCUUGGUGCUCCUCAUACCUCUCCCAAGCGCUCUUUCAGCGUUUCUUUCUCUGGCUGUGUCUCUUCUCCCCAACCCCUCUCUGUCAGCAUUCCCCAAGGUUUUGUCCUUGGUCCACUACUGUUCUCUAUCUAUACUGCCUCCCUUGGUAAACUCAUCAGCUCCUUUGGCUUCCAUUAUCAUUUCUAUGCUGAUGACACGCAAAUCUGCCUGUCCUCUCCUGAUCCCUCUCCAUCUUGACCCGUGUCUCUGCCUCUCUGCGAUUUCCAACUGGAUGGCUGCUCACUUCCUUAAACUCAACCUGUCCAAAACAGAACUUCUGGUCUUUCCUCCCUCAAGUGUUGCUACUCCCAUGUCUGUCUCCAUCCAAGUCAACGGCGCUACUAUCAUCUCUACCUCUCAGGCUUGCUGCCUUGGUGUUCUACAGGCAGCAAGUUCUACAACCUCUCCUUUACCCCUCAUGUCCAGUAUAUUGCCAAAUCCUGCCGCUUCCAUCUAAUAAACAUAGCAUGCAUUCGCCCCUAUUUAACGCCGGACACGGCUAAGGUGCUAGUCCAUGCUGUUGUUCUCUCUUGUCUUGACUACUGGAAUUCCCUUCUCAGUGGUCUUACAUUAUAGAUUGCACCGUUGCAAUCUAUAAUGAAUGCGGCAACAAGGCAAAUUUUUCUGUCCGCUCAAACCUCCCACGCCUCCCCGCUCUGUUAGUCCCUACAUUGGCUUCCAGUAAGAUAUAGGGCUUAAUUUAAGAUUCUGGUGCUUGCUUACAAGUCUCGACAUAAUGCUGCUCCAAUCUACCCAUCCUCCCUAAUACACAAGUUUGUCCCAUCAAGGCUCCUGCGCUCUGCCGAAGACCUACAUCUAUCCUCUGUUCAUACUCCCACCUCUGAUGCUUGCCUUCAAGACUUCCCCAGGGCUGCACCUUUUCUGUGGAACUCCCUUCCCUUCUCCGUUAGACUUUUACCCAGUCUCUACUCCUUCAAAAAAAUCAUUGAAAACUCACUUCUGCAGUAAAGCAUAUCAAAUAAACUGUUAGCAGGUUUUCAUCCCCUGUCCCUAAUAACGCCUCUCCUGCAACUGUCAAAUUUACCUACUAAGCCCUCAGUGUGUUCUUUUCUAACAACCUACUUCACAUCCCUACUUUUACUCUUUGUGUCACUUUACCCCACUCCCUCUAGCAUGUAAGCUCAUUGACUAGGGCCCUCAACCCCUCUGUUCCUGUAUGUCUACUUGUCUGGUUACAAUUACAUGUCUGUUAGUCCACCCAUUGUACAGCGCUACAGAGUUUGAUGGCGCUAUAUAAAUAAUAAUAACAACUGCUAAAUUCUUACACCCCACAUAUGCAAGCCUCAUGAAAAGCAGGUUAAGUUCAAGUGAGAUCCCUGUGUAACAAUUUUCUACUUGCAAGAAAAAAUUCAGUGCUUGUACAAUACAGAUAUAGUUCAAAGGCAGCUCAAUCAUAAAAAAUUGAGUCUCUCUUGUCCCAUAGGGUGUAGGAUGGAACAAGAAAAGAAGGUGUAGCGUCUGGUGUCCUUUAGGGAAUGUAUGUAAUUACCAAAAAAAGGAAAAACCAAAAAGGACUGACAGUGUAGUAAUUUAAAAACUUCUUGAUAGAGUAAAGAAAAUUAAAAAUGGUAUACUUACACUUUCACGGAGCUUAAAUACAGCUCCCACUUGCGCACCUGGACCGAAUGAUUCCCGCCUAUCGAUAUAUUGUGGUAUAGAUUCUUCAAGUUUUCCUUAUAGCAGUGAGUAUCCUCAUUAAAAAUAUAAGAGACAAAAUAAAAGUAUAUAGUGUAGUUUGUUGAGCUAAUAAGCAGGGAUUAGAUAGGUUUAAAUUCACAUAUUUUGGAGCCUAAGUAUUUUCUCCAGAAGUAAUGUGUGAAGUGGUAUGAUCCCCACUAUAGGGUGUAGGUGAUGUGAAUAUUUCUUCAUUAAUAUAUAAAAUCCAAGGAGAAGAAUAACGCUACCAACAGUUUAAUCGGAACAGUCUGCAUGAGAUAUAGAUAUGCAGAAGGAAGUUCAUCUUAACCACCACAUUAAGGCAGCCAAACCAGGAAAUGUAUAGCUUGCCCCAGGAUCUGAUUGUAUUGUACAGAGGAGUGGAAGAAAAUUAUUAGCAUGCAGAUUAGCUGGAUCUUUGUGGAUCCAGAUUCCCAGAUAUUUGACUUCAGAGCACCACUGGAAUGGAAAAAACACUCUCCAGCCUAUCUGCAGUGGGGAGGUUGGAAUUGUAAUAUUUAAAAUUAUGCAUUUGUCUAGAUUCAGCACCAAAUUGGCUACCAUCUCAUAUUCCCGAAACAAUGAUAGUAGAUUGAGGAGGUAGACAUCUGGUUGAUAUAAUGUAAAUAGUUUCGGGCAUGCGGCUAUCUUGUUCUCAGUUUCCCUCUUCACGUAUCCCUUGAUUGAGCCGGACAUCCUCCAAGAACGUCUCCAGUGAUAAAACAAAAAGCAAAGGGAACAAUGGGCAACCCUGCUGUGUCCCAUUUAUGAUAGACAUCAGACUCGACAAGUCUCCAUUAACCCGAAUGCUGCCCGUUGGUCCAUAGAAUAGGGCACCCACCCACUUACAAAUGUCUGGAACAAAUGGCAUAUGCCUCAAUGUGGCCAUCACAAAUUCCCAUGUCGGCAGAAAGGUGAAAGAGAGGCUAACCCGAUUUCCUAGCCGAGUGUGCCAGAAAUCUUCAGAAAUUUAUCAGGGAAUUGUGCAGUUGAAUGUGGAGUCAUGUGAACCUUAAGUACGUGGUGUUGGGUACGUCUCUUCUGAAGCAUUCUAGCCAGUAGGUGGACACAUUUAUUAGAAUGCUUAGAGAAAAAUUGCUUGGGUUUUUGAUAUAUAUGUUGCUGCUGUUAGAUGAGGGUAUUCAACUGUCUCCUGGCUGUCAGCAGGUUCCUAAAAGACAGUAUUUAGCAAAUCCUGCUUGUGAAGAACUUUUAUACUUUUCUGAAAAAUUGAGGGAUACAAUGUUUGAGAUAGGUAUCCCCUAUCUGGCAUAUAGAGUCUGAACAUUGAGUAGAAGCAAAAAUACCAUAUUUGUCCCAAGCAAAAUGGCUAUAAAUUGGUAUAAUACACGUACACAGUAAGUUACUGUACCUUAAAUUGAGCAUUCUGUACUAUAAAGGUCAUUGCAGACUACUGUUGCAACCUGCAUAGAAUCCCUGUGAUGCCCAGGGAAUCCUUCUGUUUAAUGCUGCCUACUAGAGUUGAGCGGACACCUAGAUUUUCGGGUCCGGCGGGUUCAGACGAACUUUGAAAAAAAGUCCGGGUUCGGGCACGAACUUGACCCCGAACUUGACCCCUAGCCCCAUUGAAGUCAAUGGGGACCCGAACGUUUGGGCACAAAAAUGCCUCUAAAAAAGUCCUGGAAAGGGCUAAAGGGCUGCAAAAGGAAGUAAAAUGGGGGUAAGAGUAGGACAAGUGCCCUGCAAACAAAUGUGGAUAGGGAACUCACUUAAAAUAACAUAAAAUGUAAAAAUACAGCUGAGUCAUAAAAUAGCACUAGAUGGAAUCUUUGAUUUUAGCUUUGGAAGAACAUAAAUCAAAAUCUAAAGCAUGGCUGUCAGGACGAUCACCAGAAUUAUCCAUUUGAGAGAGGGUUGGAGUGCAGGGUAUUCUCUUUCAUUGUUCAAACUGAGCUCAACUCCUGAUGCAUGGAGAAAAGGCCUUCACAAGCCUCUGCUAUUGUGUACAUAGUUUAUACCAAGUGACUCAUAGGUUGAGGAGGCGGUGAGCGUGCCGGUGUAGGUGGAAGCGGCGGUGGAGGAGGAGGUAGCAAACACUGUUUUUCUUUUUUUAUUUUUUAAAUUGGGGUAGCCCCCAAAAUAUUGGGACAUAUAAAAAAAGAAAACUCUGUUCCGCAGAGCAACUGACCUGUCUCGCACAGUCUCAUGAGGCGGUGAGCGGGAAGGCCGAAAUUACGCUGCAGCGCAGACAGGUGAGCAGCAGCAGGGUGAGAAUGCCAAAAGCGCGCACAGAUGGCCCGCACUUUCUGCAGCAGCUCUGACAUAUCUGGGUAUACACCGUGGCGGUGUAGGUGGAAGCGGCGAUGGAGGAGGAGGUAGCCUGGUGGGAUCCAUGCCUGGUUCAUUUUAAUAAACGUGAGCUUGUCCACGUUGGCUGUGGACAGGCGGCUGCGCUUGUUUGUGAUAACGUCCCCUGCCGUGCUAAACACACGUUCAGACAACACACUGGCUGCCGGGCAGGCCAGCACCUCCAAGGCAUAAAGGACAAGCUCAGGCCAUGUGCCCAAUUUGGAGACCCAGAAGUUUAAUUGGGCAGACCCAUCAGUCAGUACGUGUAGGCGUGUGCACACGUACUGUUCCACCAUGUUGCUGAAAUGCAGCCUCCUGGUAAGACGUUCCAUAUCAGAUGGUGGUGCUGGUUCCACAUUUCGGCCAUGCUAACCCUGCCUUCUGAGGUGCUGGCGGUGCCCCAGGUGCGUUGGCGACCUCUUCCUCCUCCUCUGCCUUUGCCUUGUGCUUCCACUGAGCCCCGGUGUCAGUUGGGAAUGCCCUCAGUAGCGCGUCUACCAGCGUGCGCUUGUAGUCGCGCAUCUUCCGAUCACGCUCCAGUGAGGGAAUUAACGAUGGCACGUUGUCCUUGUAACGGGGAUCCAGCAGGGUGGCCACCCAUUAAUUCGCACAAGUUAGAAUGUGGGCCACUCGGCAGUCGUUGCGCAGGCACUGCAGCAUGUAGUUGCUCAUGUGUGCCAGGCUGCCCAGAGGCAAGGACAAGCUGUUCUCUGUGGGAGGUGUAUCGUCUGUGUCCUCCGUAUCCCCCCAGCCACGCUCCAGUGAUGCACAUGAGCUGCAUUGGGUGCCAUCCUGCUGUGAACACAGUUCCUCCUCCUCAUCCUCCAGAACUGUGCCCUGGCUGGACAAUUGUGUACCUGGCCUGGUCCCAGAGCUGCUACGAGAUUUCUCCCAUUAUCGCACACCACCAGGCCGGGCUUGAGGCUCAGUGGCAACAACCACUCAUCGGUCUGUUGUUCCAUGCCCAUCCACAGCUCCUGCGCGGUGUGGGGUUUUUCCCCCAAACAUAUGAGUUUUAAAACAGCCUGCUGUUGUUUCCCCCUGGCUGUGCUGAAGUUGGUGGUGAAGGUGUUACGCUGACCGGAUGAGGAGGUGGUAGAGAAGGAGGAAGCGGAGGAGGAGGCAACAGGCCUCCAAUCCUCGGUGGCGGAAGGACGUGCGCCAAACUGCUAUCCGCCUCAGGCCCAGCUGCCACUACAUUUGCCCAGUGUGCAGUUAGGGAGAUAUAGCGUCCCUGCCUGUCCUUACUGGUUCACGUAUCUGUGGUUAUGUGGACCUUUCCACUGAUGGAGUUGCGCAGUGCACACCUGAUUUUGUCCGCCAAUUGGUUGUGCAGGGAAGGGAUGGCUCGCCUGGAAAAGUAGUGAAGGCUGGAAACCACGUACUGUGGGACAGCCACCGCCAUCAGGUUUUUAAAACUGUCCGUCUCCAGCAGACGGAAUGACAGCAUUUCAGAGGCCAUGAAUUUUGAAAUGCUGGCAUUCAGGGCCAGGGAUCGCGGGUGACUAGGGGGUACUUCCUCUUUCUCUCCAGUGUUUGGGAGAUGGACAGCUGAACGCUUCCAUGGGACAGUGUGGAGAUGCUUGGGGACGGUGGCAAACAUGGUGGCGUGGCUGCCACAUCCUUCAGGCUCUGAUUGCACAGCGUGCAAACCACUCGUGUCUUGUCAUUAGCACAUUGUCUGAAGAACUGCCAUGCCAGGGAACUACUUGGAGCUGGCUUUGGUGUACUCGGUCCCUGGAUGUGGUGGGCAGUAGCAGGCAUACCGUCUAGGGGACGGCCGCUCUGCUUUUGCAACCUGCUCCCUCUGCACCAGCUGUGCUGGUGCCUCUGUGCAACCACCUCUUCUUCCUCCAAACUGCACAGGUCACUCUCAUGACCUUCAUUCCAUGUGGGGUCUACGACCUCAUCAUCCUCCACAUCAUCUUCCACUCACUCCUCAAACCUGCCCUCUUUGCCGGUCUGCACACUGCCGAAAGCCACAGCAGUUGGCACCUGUGUUUCGUCAUCAUCAGAGACGUGCCGCGGUGGUCCUUGCAUGUCCAUAUUCUAACACAUAAGUGGUUGUGCAUCAGUGCACUCAAUCUCUUCCACUUCUGGGGCAGGGCUAGGUGGAUGGCCCACGGAAACCCAGCCAGCAGAGUAAUCAAAAAGCUGCAUGACUUGUGGCUCAGACUGCUUGGAUGAUUUGCAAGGGGGUGAGGUGAUAGACAGAUGGCCAUGGGCUGCAGGUGCCAAUUUUGAGCUUUCAGCAGGGGACCGGGUGGGAGACAAUGUGCAGGAACUGGAGGCACUGUCAGCCAUCCAAUCUACUAUCGCCUGUACUUGUUCUGGCCUCACCAUUCGUAGAGCGGCAUUCAGGCCUACCAAAUAACGCUGAAGAUUCUGUCGCGUACUCGCACCUGAGGAAGGUGUUUCACUUGUGUGUGUAGCUGGCACAGAUCGACCACGUCCUCUCCUUGCAACAGGAGCUCCACCAACACCAGCAGCACCACCACCAGGGCCACGUCCCUUAUUUGACGCUCUUCUUUGCGUUCACCCACCAAACUAACAGAUGUUUUAUGUCAGGCGACAAUGUAACCGUCAAUAGUCAUUUUUUUUGUUUGUUUGUUUAUUGGACUGCAAGAAACACACCGCAGGCCGCAAACGUACUAUUUAGCACCCAAGAAAUUUGAAUUUUUUUUAAAGUGCGAUGUAACCACAGUAUUUGACGGUUCUAUUUGACUCUCAGAUAUGAAGUGCAGGUACCAAAUUGUCUUUUUUAGCACCUAAAGAAUAAGAAUUUUUAAAACUGCUAUGUCACAGAAGUAUUUGACGGUUCUAUUUGUCUCUCAGAUAUGAAGUGCAGUGCCCAAAUUUACUAUUUAUCAGAUUAGCACCCAGAAAAUCAGAAUGUUUACAAUUGCACUGUAACCGCAGUAUUUGACGCUUCUAUUUGACUCUCAGAUAUUUGUCAUACAACUACCAGAAUGCUAUGCCAGCUAGGGAUAUACUAUUUGCCCAUCCUUGACAGGUUGUAUUUACGAGAAGUGUUUGUGCGUUUGAAUGUAACCAUGUUUUUGUAUGAAAUAUGUGUGUGCAGGGUGUAUGUUUGGGUAUACUGUUGCCACUGUAAUGCAGUGAUGUACUUCUGUGUAAUGUUUCCUUAUUAAUACAGGGGUGUGUUUGUAUGAAGUGUUGGCUUUAAAAAAAAAAAAAAAGUGUAGUGUUGGUGUUUGUGACAUUUUAAUAAAGGGGGUGUUUGAAUUGUGUGUGUUAGAUUGUAAGGGUGUGUUUGCAUGUCGUGUUGGUGCUUUAAUGAGAUGUAUGCAAAUAUGCACAUACACUAAACAAAAUUGUAAAUGUAACACUUUUGUUUUUGCCCCCAUUUUUCAUGAGAUGAACUCAAAGAUCUAAGACUUUUUCUAUGUACACAAAAUGCCUAUUUCUCUCAAAUAUUGUUCACAAAUCUGUCUAAAUCUGUGUUAGUGAACACUUCUCCUUUGCCAAGAUAAUCCAUCCACCUCACAGGUGUGGCAUAUCAAGAUGCUGAUUAGACAGCAUGAUUAUUGCACAGGUGUGCCUUAGGCUGACCACAAUAAAAGGCUGCUCUAAAAUGUGCAGUUUUAUCACACAGCACAAUGCCACAGAUGUUGCAAGUUUUGAGGGAGCAUGCAAUUGGCUGCAGGAAUGUCCACCAGAGCUGUUGCCUGUGAAUUGAAUGUUCAUUUCUCUACCAUAAGCUGUCUACAAAGGCGUUUCAGAGGAUUUGCCAGUACAUCCAACCGGCCUCACAACUGCAGACCACGUGUAACCACAAUAGCCCAGGACCUCCAUAUCCAGCAUCUUCACCUCCAAGAUCGUCUGAGACCAAAGAAUUUCUGCACAAAAUUCACAAAAAUCAGAAACCAUCUCAGGGAAGCUCAUCUCCAUGCUCGUCGUCCUCAUCGGAGUCUCAACCUGACUGCAGUUCGUCUUUGUAACCGAAUUGAGUGGGCAAAUGCUCACAUUCAAUGGCGUCUGGCACUUUGGAUAGGUGUUCUCUUCACGGAUGAAUCCCAGUUUUCACUGUACAGGACAGAUGGCAGACAGUGUGUAUGGCAUUGUGUGGGUGAGCAGUUUGCUGAUGUCAACAUUGUGCAUCGAGUUGCCCAUGGUGGCUGUGGGGUUAUGGUAUGGGCAGGCAUAUUUUAUGGGCAACGAACACAUUUGCAUUUUAUUGAUGGCAUUUUGAAUGCACAGAGAUACCAUGACAAGAUCCUGAGGCCCAUUGUUGUGCCAUUCAUCCACGACCUUCACCUCAUGUUGCAGCAUGAUAAUGCAUGGCCCUGUGUUGCAAAGAUCUGUACACAAUUCCUGGAAGCUGAAAACAUCCCAGUUCUUGCAUGCCAGCAUACUCACCGGACAUGUCACCCAUUGAGCAUGUUUGGGAUGCUCUGGAUCGGCGUAUACGACAGCGUGUUCCAGGUCCUGCCAAUAUCCAGCAACUUCGCCCAGCCAUUGAAGAGGAGUGGACCAACAUUCCACAGACCACAAUCAGCAAUCUGAUCAACUCUAUGCGAAGGAGAUGUGUUGCACCGCGUGAGGCAAAUGGUAGUCACACCAUAUACUGAUUGGUUUUCCGACAAACCCCCCGGACUCCCGCAAUACAGUAAAACUGCACAAUUUAGAAUGGCCUUUUAUUGUGGCCAGCCUAAAGCACACCUUUGCAAUAAGCAUGCUGUCUAAUCAGCAUCUUGAUAUGCCACACCUGUGAGGUGGAUGGAUUAUCUUUGCAAAGGAGAAGUGCUUACUAACACAGAUUUGUGAACAAUAUUUGAGAAAAAUAGGCCUUUUGUGUACAUAGGAAAAGUCUUAGAUCUUUGAGUUCAGCUCAUGAAAAAUUGUAGCAAAAACAAGUGUUGCUUUUUAAUUUUGUUCAGUGUACAUACAUACAUACACAGAUAUACAUACACAUUGAUACACAAACACAGAUACACACUGACACAUUAAAACAAAUGCAUUCACACACACACACUAAAAAACACACACUCACACACUUACACAUGCACACACUGACACAUACACGCUCACACCCAUACACACACACACAGCUUAACAUACCUUUUAUGUGCAAGAGGAUGGCUUCCUUGGGGUCCUGGUGCUAACACUCUGGGUCUGGUACUGGCAAUGUCCCACACUUCUUUGCCUGCUCUCUCACUCCCAUGCUGCUCUCUCCCUGUAUCUGGGAGGAAGUGACAGACACUCAAUCUUAAAUGUUCACUGCGUCUCGAUGCUCCCCCCUCCUUCCAGUCCAUGGUGCAGCCUCACCGGCUGCACUAGCGGUUGUUCCUGCCACUGUUCAUAAUAGCUCCAACACAUUUUUAAUAUUCAAAACUCUAUUUAUCUUAACAGGAGCUAGCUCACAGCCUAUAUGCAGGGGAAAUGGUGACAUGACGCGAUAGGGCUGACUAUAUUGUAAAGAUUUCACUGGGAACAGUAUUUAGUGACUAGUGGUUAGCUAAGUUUUAAAUGGUACAUUUCUUUGGCCUCUAAUAUACAAUGCUGCUUUAGGUUGGAUGGGAAAACAAUGUGCAGACCAACUCUCAACUUGUACAGUGGAAUGAUAUUAUGGGCCUCUAACAUGGAUGUUAGCAUUGAUGUUCCUGGGUGAGUGCUGCACAACAGGAACUACUGCAACACGAUUCCCCUUUCGUGGCCAAGUUGGAGACACAAAGUCUCAAAUCUGGGAGGGAUUCUGACAUGUCCAUCUCACCCAGUUAAUUAAUGUCUAAGGGAAUAGGAAUGCAAAUACCUUGGGUUGCUAUACUGUUGAUAGAUUUAUUUUUGUGUGUGUACAUAUAUAUAUAUAUAUAUAUAUAUAUAUAUAUAUAUAUAUAUAUAUACUUGAAUAAGCUUUGUGGGAGGAGUUGUGUACCAAAACAAUAAGAAGGCUACGUAGUGAGUUUGGAUCGUCAAAACCGGUUGAAUGAUCCCUAUCCUGUUUGUCUAUAUUCCAGUGGAAAACAACAGGUCCUCUAGCUUCUCACUUGAGAAGAUAGAUAAAGUUUCAAGGUCAAAAUGGGAAAGAGCAUAGGUCUGUGUUUCUUUAACUGAGAACAAUUUAGCACUGUGUUUAAUCUAACCUUCCUAUUGUAGUUUAUGGGCAUAUAACCAUAUUAAAUGUAUCAUAGGUACCACAAUUCAUCCCAUUGUCCUUUUGAAUUCAAUAUAUUGCUGGGAACAUGGGAAACUCUGGGAAAGUAAAUGUUUUUACAGCAGCCGAGCAGCUGGUACACACUAACUGAUGAAUGAGGAUUUGGUCGACAUUUGAUCAGACAUACAAAACACCUGGACCAUUCUGAACACAUAAACAAAGAUAAAGGCCAAAUCGUGGUUUUAUUAUGUUGUCGUUUUAUCUAGAAUGUCUAGACAUUUUCCAUGAAGUUCAUGAUUGUGAAUAUUUAACAAAUUAUAUGCUUGAUUUAUUUAAGUAACAUAUACACAGCAUACAUAACACAAAAAUGAUUAUACACAAGCCGCGUGAAACACACCUUUUAGUCACACAAUAGAUCUUUUCACUUUCUUUUAUCAAAUACCAUUUAUCUACAAACAUGAGAUGCGUCACUAACAUGCCCAAUCCAUAAAACCUAACUAUUAAAAAUUUGUUAAAGAACAAGAUGACUUAAAAGUGCAUUACAUUGUAUAUAUAUUUUGCAGACCCCCAUGCUUUAUAUUUUCUAUAGUCUAAAUCCCAUUUGAAGAAUUCUAGAUUAGUGCACUUUUGGAUCUGAAAGAAGAAUGUGUGAGAAGACAAAAACCAAAGCACCAAGCUCAAACAGAAGAAUAUAGACCAUUUCAACGGAACAGCAUCAAAUUGUGUGAAAACACAAUAUCAGCACAAAGGAUGCAUAGGGCAAAAACAUAAACUGCAAAAAAUACAUCAUGCAUCCCAGGACUCCCAGGGAAUAUAGCCCUAACUGGGCCAUGUUGUAGGUCUCUCCCUGUAACUUUGUAUAAAUAGGUAACUAGGCGCAAAGGUAAAACAUAUGUAUUUUUUAAAAUCUUCAUUAAAUAAACAUAAACACCCACAAAAACUACAAAGAAGUUAUAAUAAUGGUCUGCACCAAUUGGUGGAGCAGACCAUGUGCUCCACCACUGGACCGCUGAGGAUUCUUUUUUUUUUCUAUCUACACAUUGUUGAUAAGACAGUAUACUAAACAAUAAUUAAAUUGAGCCUAAUAGAAGGCAUGCAGUGUCCACUGAUAAAUCGCCCUCUUGAGAGUUUGCUAAGGUGGCUGCCUGUGAUGUUUUAAGGUAGGACAGGCCUUGUUCCUAGCAAGCUCUCUGCAUUUUCCCCAUGGCUUUCUACAUACACGUGCAUGUUCAGGAACACAAAAUCAUAGGGCAUUUUACAUUGGCAUCAGAUACCCUACUGUGACACAGAUAAUUUUCCAAGCUUAUAGUAAAGAAUAAGGUGCAUAACAUUAUAAGGAGUUAUGGUUUAAACUAACCUUGCCAAAAAUGAUCAAGCUGUCUUGUGAUUCCACCAAUGCCAUACUUAACAUCAAUUAUUAUUAUUAUUAUGGGCAUUUAUAUCGCGUCAACAUAUUCAGCAGCACUUUGCAAUAUUAUAAAGGGGGAAAUUUAACAAUAAAUUAGACAAAUAUAAAAUGUUACAGGAACAAUAGGUUGAUGAGGAGUUCUAAUGGGCUUACAGUCUAUAAAGUUAUAGGAGUUUUAGUGAUCCUGAGAGUUGGGCAUAUUUAAAAACAUAUACAAAUAACUUCACCGUUAUAACUUUAAUUUAGGUUCUCAAGACAUCUUUUGAAAAUGAAGAGUCUAUACAAGUCUUCCUCCUCACACGGUCUAACCUAGAAUUCUGCAUAUUCAAUAUGCAUAUGGGAGACUUGCUCAUCAGUAGUGUGCCAUCAGUUAUGUGUUCAACAUUACAAAACAAUACACAGAGCUGUAUACCACAUCUAUUUGAAGACUUAAAGCAACACUAUAGUCACCUAAAUUACUUUAGCUAGAUAAAGCAGUUUUAGUGUAUAGACCAUUCCCCUGCAAUUUCACUGCUCAAUUCACUGUCAUUCAGGAGUUAAAUCACUUUGUUUCUGUUUAUGCAGCCCUAGCCACACCGCCCCUGGCUAUGAUUGACAGAGCCUGCAUGAAAAAAAAAAGGUUUCACUUUCAAACAGAUGUAAUUUACCUUAAAUAAUUGUAUCUCAAUCUCUAAAUUGACUUUAAUCACAUACAGGAGGCUCUUGCAGGGUCUAGCAAGCUAUUAACAUAGCAGGGGAUAAGAAAAUCUUAAUUAAACAGAACUUGCAAUAAAGAAAGCCUAAAUAGGGCUCUCUUUACAGGAAGUGUUUAUGGAAGGCUGUGCAAGUCACAUGCAGGGAGGUGUGACUAGGGUUCAUAAACAAAGGGAUGUAACUCCUAAAUGGCAGAGGAUUGAGCAGUGUGGCUGCAGGGGCAUGUUCUAUACACCAAAACUGCUUCAUUAAGCUAAAGUUGUUCAGGUGACUAUAGUGUCCCUUUAAAUGAGAACUCACUUUCAUUUAAAGCAGCAAUACAAGCAGGAAAUGUAUCUGGUGGCUUUACCUGAUAUAAACAAUGGCAUCAAGAGAUCUGUAUCUUUGAUUGAUUUCUUUGUUCACACAUAAAUAAUGUGAAGGUUCAGCCAGAAAGAUCAGAGACAGGAAAGUUCACUAGGAGCCCUAGAUGUUUUUUUGUUUUUUUUAAAUCAACUGUGGAUUUUAGAAACAAAGAAUAUUACACUGCUGACAUAUAGAAAACUUUUUUGUUAUAAAAUAACACAAAAAUGACUGUCUAGAUAAUAUUUGUCACAUUAGAAGCAAACCAAUCACACUUAUAUUAGUAUCUUCUUCCCAUAUGGCAAUACUGCGCUUCAUAUAACAAAUCACUUCUCUUCUUUGUUUUCCUUGAUACGGGAGAAAACUGAUACUUCUAAGUGCAUGAAAUCACUUUGUUUAAACCAUGUAAGACUCAAACAUUACUGGAGCACUGGCGAGAGAGGUCUGAUUGAAUAAAUAAGACUAACCUGUAGAAAAGGAUGUUGUGUCACUCUCAAUAUAUUAAAGUUCUAUUUUGUAUUAUUCCAUUAUUAAAAUGUAACUAAAGAUUAUUUAUGUAAUUAGUUAGAUUAGUAAUUAGUUAGAUUGCAUUUGACACUACAAAUGUGGCUGCCGUGUUGGAAAGGCAUGCUUUUGUUCUGCUCUUCAAUAUUGUAGCCAACAUCCUACAAUGCCAAGCACUCUUAUUUGUAUGGGCAAACAGGAUUUGACCUUGUCAAAAAUCCAUUAUUAAUUUUUAAGUGAUCAAAUUUAUGUAGGCUACAGGGAUAUAGAAGCCUGUGUCAAUCUUACUGUGCAGAGAGGGCUGCUAACAUUUCUGCAUGGACAAAUCCUACUUACCCCUGCACAUAUUUUGAAUGAAUAACGAAUAAUCGAAACUUUCCGCAUCAUCAUAUCCCAUGCAGAGCGGUGGCUUUAGGUGCCAGUUAUCCUCAUGUUUUGUCAAACAGAGUUUGGAAACAAUCCGCAAGGACUGCACCCAUUGCCCCGUGGCACCAUAAUGGAGUGUAUGUUUAAUAGGAAUACAUUCUUGAUGGGAUAUAUAUAAUAUCCAACACACUCUCUAUUUAUUGAGGAGGGAAGAGGUUGAAGAUCUGUAUUUGUAAGUGUCCGGCUGUGUGUGCACAUUAGCAUUCCAAUGCAUUGCAUUGAAGCAUUGCAUUGACCGAGAUCAUCAAGAGUGAUGAUCUCUGUCACGAACACCCCCUACUCCCAAGAGUGUGCGUGAUUUGGUUCUGGUGGUGAAAGGAUUAAAGUUCACUAUUUGUCUGCACUAGACCGGAAAUAAUGCUAAAAAUCUCUCUAAAUAUAAAUAUUACUAUUUUAACGCUGCCACCACCAAGACAAUUUAUAGGUGAGAUGCUUUGGUCCCCCAGGCAAAUUAAAAUAAAAGCCCACCAAACACAAUAUCUAUGCACCAAACACUAAUUAAUUAAUAGGUCUAUUCAGGUAACAUGAUUCUUUACCAGGUAAAGGCAGAACUUAAUAAAGGAAUAUUUAUUUUAAACAAAAAAAGUCACAGUGCAUACAACAAUAGAUGACAAAUUAUUUACACCAACAACAGAUAAAAAACAAAUAGGAUAAUUUAACAGAAAUCCUAAUUUCUCACUCACUUAUGUUUUAAAAGUAACAGUCUUCUGUCCAAGAGGGCUCUGGCAAUGAAAUAGGGUGACUCACUCAAAAUUAGAUUUUGGCCCCCAGCAAGUACAAUAGACAUUUACAUAUCAUUGGAUAUAUGCCCUCUUGACUCAUCUUAAGUUUCCAAGCCUUGCCCAGAGGUGGAGAAAAGGUGUAUCUAUAGAAACUAUAAGUGACCAGACCAACACCAAUCCAAAUAGAAACUUUUGGUUUUAUCUCCUCUUUUGUACUUGCCAUACAAAUAAUAAUUUAAUCUAUGACUUUGUUGUAAUUUUUACUUAUUCCAUAGAUAUGUCACAUAAUAUAAUGGACAUCACAAGUCCUUCCAAAUGGCUUAAGAUGCACUAAUCAUGUUUAUAUUUGGUUAGAAGGUUGUGCUUGUCUUAUUCUAAAUAUGCACAAAAUGAGGCUUAAUUAUUAAUCUGUGGGUAAUUAUUCUUGUUUCUCUUGGAUAUGACACUGAUAUGACACUGUGACACAAGGGUCCUUUGAUAUGAUAAUUAACAUAGCAAGGAAAUCCACUAUCUAUUAAGAGUUACCGGCCAUAUGGUCGAAGUCAGUUAGUUUACAUUGAAACUAAACAUACAGGCAACGGAGGGGCAACAUUUCACACCGUCCAGAAGCCUUGUUUAAUCAAACGAACAAUUCAUUUCACACCUUGCAGAAGCCUUGGUUGAUUUCAUGUUGUAAACCAUCUGACCUCUUUUACAUUCCUAUAUAAUUUAUAUUAACUCUUUCUGACAUCUGUUCUCUACCAAGCGGCCAAUUCAUGUAUGCACUACACAAAUCCCAUUAAACAGCAAUAUUCUAUAGUGCAACAAUUAAUUAAGCACCCUUGCCAUGACACUCUCAUCCAAAGAGGCAGAGCAGUCAGUGAGAGUGCAGUAUGACAAGGGAGAAAAGGCACGUAAAACUAACUUUCUCAAGUACUCCAGGGAGAGGAACCUAAACAUUUACUGGACACUAUAGCGGCAGGAAUACAUGAAAAUAACAUGUUCUCUAAAAACACCUCUCAGUCUAUGAGCUUCAAGGAUGAAGUCCUCAUCAUUCGAGCAGUUAUAUGAAGGCUUUAAAUGUUCUCAUAGAAAAGCAUAGACUUAAUGCUUUUCUAUGGGGGUUGCAAUUACAUUAGUCGGUUACUGCAACAGGAAGUAGCAAUGUACUAUCACAGGAAGUACAAUGCAACUUCUGCAUUGUACUGGCACAGGAAAAGCCUCUAGCUACUGGAAAUGUGUUUAACUCUACAAUGUUUUUCAUGUCAGGGUUAAACAUACAAGAUCACAGCUCCCAGGCCACUUCAUCAAGAAUAAAAAAAAAAGAAUACACAAAACUGUGUGUAAACAGUUUUCACUAAAAGGGAAAAGAGACACACAGCGGUCAGAGUUGGUGGUACCAGCUCCACCCUAGGGCUUAAGCCCGAUGUUAUAACUAAAGAAAUGAUAAAUAACUAAUAGAGUCCCAAGACUAAUGAGACUCCAAAUCUGGUUUUAUACAAAGUCAGAAAAAAGACAUUAUGAAAGUAUGUAACCAAUCCAGAAAUAGGCUUGGAGUUACAUUAGUAAAAUAUACUACAGACAGCAAUUACAUCUAGUCCCAAAAAGUGCCUAUGAAGAGUCAAAUAAUAAAUACUUUAUUGAUACAUUUAGAUAAAAGGCACUAUGUAACUGGGGUGAUUGCUGAGUGGCAGGGGGUAUACUAAUAAUCUGAAGGUACUCUAAGUCUCUAUAAUAUAGUAUAGACCUUUUUCCAAAUCAGUUAAUCAGCAAUCCGAUUAGAGGGUCUAAAAUCCAUACUCAGAAAGUAAUAGGGCAGCAAUCAGUUGGUCAGUAUAUAGACAGGGUCAGGAAAUAGCAAGUAGUGGCAAACUAUAAAACUUCUGAUAGCAAGAGCGCGAAGAUCUCAACUAUUAACACAUAAAUACCUAGCAAAAAGCUUGGAAACAAUUUAACAAAGGAGAGAUACUGAGCUAGUAUGACCCUAUGAUCCCUCAAAACACCUUCAAGGGUGUUCUAUGCUAUCUCUAAGAACUAGAGCUAGGACCUAUCAGAUUGCCCCUUGCCACAAAAAUAAAAGAAAAAAACUCCAAGCUACAAAAUUAAAGUGAAUAAAGGCGUUAAACACCUAGUGCUCCCAUAGUGAGUGAAGUAACAACAAACAAAAAAAAAACGACGCGCGUUUCAGUGCGUGUAGUGGCACCUUCGUCAGGGAAGGAAAAUACCUGUGUUUCUGCCAUUAAUUUAAAGCCCCCCCGACCAAUCCGCAUCGUCUUCUACUCGCCUCAAUAACCACUAACAGGUGUGUGAGGAGGCGUGACGAAGGCGGAGAUCUUCCGGGUCCGCUGUCUGCCGAUGGCCCCUCCCCUUUUCCCUACGUCAUUCGUGCAGCCAGUCAGGUUGCAGGUGGGGGGCGGGACGGGCCGAUCGCAAGCAGAGCCGUCCCUUCUUAGAACUGAGACCCUCCCACUGUAAACGUAAUUAAAAUCAUACUCCCCUAUCCCAUAGGUUAGGGGCGGGGAGGGGCUGUCAAACAAAAUAGUGGCGGCUCCUCCUAUCUCCAGCGAUAAAGCUAUACAUAUAAUAAAUAAUAGCCCUUAAGAGGCCAGAGGUUCUUAACACAGCAAUGCCCUGCCUAUAUCUAAUACUAUAUACACAAAUAUGACAGUCUAUAACCAGCUAGAUUAUACAAUGCAUCGAGGGAUACCUAUAUGUGCAUUCUCUAAUCAAUACAUAACCUAUUGUCAAUAGUAUAAGGUAUCAAUAAGACAGAUUAGAAACAAUGCAAUUAAAAGCCUUUUGGCCAUGAAAUUAACCUAAACUGUAAAUCAAUGAUCUUAGUAUAUAAUGAAUGGGCCAUCUUUUAUAUUAUAAGUAUCAAUCUAAGAUGUACUUCUGUUCAGUUUACAAAUCCAUCGUGGGGACUCCAUAUGCAAUUAGACAUAGAAAAGGGGGGGAAGGGGUCUUAAAAAAAAAUUUUUAAAUUUUUUUUUUUUUUUUUUUAGGUAUCUCCAUAAAAGAAGGAUAUAUUAAUUCAAAUACAAAAUACAGAAAGAAUGGGGGUGUAGAAUGAAACUACUAUUUCCAGAAUCACAGUAUAAAAUUACAGUCCCUAUGACUUUGUAGAAUAGUGUUAUACUCUACUUUUAGAGAUCACUAAUAAAGGGAGAAUAAGUGAAGCCUUCAUUUAACCCUAUUGGUGACAGUGUGAUAAGGCGGUAUAUCCAAAAACACUCUCGUCUCCUCAGAAGUUUAUCCAGAUUACCUUUCCUUUGAUCAGUUUGACCUGUUCAAUAACCAAGAAUUUGAGUACCGUAUGGUCACUUUGAUGAAAAAUUUUUACAUGUCUGGAUAAUGAGGUUUCAAUGUGUCUAUUGGAUUUAACGGAAUUAAUAUGUUCUAAAAUCCAUCUUUUAAACGGUCUAAAUGUCUUGCCCACAUACAACUUAUCGCAUUGGCAUAUUAUCAAAUAGAACAACCCUUUUGUAUUACAAUUAAAGAAAGAAUUUGGGUAUAAAACAUCAGACUUUAAGCUGUCUUGAAAACUUUUUGAGUCCUUACAAAUAUAGUUACACGCUUUGCAGCAACCACACUUGUAAGUCCCCAAAAGUUUGUUAGACAGCCAAUGUGUCGAAAUUGUUGACGACCGUUUAAAGUGACUAUGUACUAAAAAUUCUUUGAUGUUUUUACCCCUUUGUGCCACUAAAGCCGCAUUGGGGGAAAUGACCUCUUUGAGAUGUUCGUCUUGUCUAAGCAGCGGCCAAUAUCUAUUUAGGAUCCUCUUGACGUGUUCCCACCCCAUAUCAUAAGUGGCGAUACAUCUCAAUUGCUUAGAGUCAAAGUUGGUAUGAUUUUUUGGAGGUAGAUCUUCCUUGAUGAGAUCUCCUCGAUCCGUUAGUAAAGCUCUAUGGUACGCCAUUUUAAGACAUUUGUGGGGGUAUCCUUUAGCUCUAAACAUUGCAUGUAACUCCUUAGCUCUCACCAUAAAAUCCUCUAUAUCGGAGCAAUUUCACCUAAGGCGUAAAUAUUGCCCAGUCGGUAUGCCUCUUUUUAGAGGCGUCGGAUGAUAACUCCCCCAAUUCAAUAGGCUAUUGGUAGCCGUACCUUUCCUAAAGAGGUCAGUUUUAAUGAUGCCAUUGGCCUCCGGAGUCAAAGUAAGGUCUAGGAACCUGAGAGAUGGUUUCCCCAUUUCAAAGGUAAAUCUUAGAUUAAGAUCAUUCUUGUUAAGAUGCUGUACGAAUCGAGAGAAAUUUUCCACAGUACCACUCCAGACUAUCAUGAUAUCAUCGAUAUAUCUCUUCCAAGAGAGAAUAUAUCGAGUGAAUUCUUUUAAAUUGUCCAUAAACACAAUUUUUUCUUCCCACCAUCCCAGGUGAAGGUUGGCAUAUGAGGUCGCACAAGAUGUCCCCAUAGCUGUACCCUGCACCUGGUGGUAGUAUAUACCAUCAAAGGUGAAGAAGUUGUGCGUCAAAACGAACUGUAACAGUUCGAUGACAAAUUCGCUGUGUUUAUGGAGACAUAUACCCCUCUGUUGUAGAAAAUAGCGUGUAUGCUUUAAUCCUAAAGCAUGGGGGAUCGAACUAUACAAUGACUCCACAUCUAAGCUGCAAAGAAUAGAAUGUGUAGACAUGGUUAGUGUAUUUAAGUGGGACAAAGUUUGUUUAGUGUCUCUUAGGUAGAAAGGAAGCUUAACCACCAAAAGUCUUAAAAUAUGAUCCAAGUAAAUACUGACGUUUUGUGUCAUGCUAUUAUUACCCGACACUAUAGGCCUACCUGUUAAUUCUUGAUAUUUUUUAUGAAUUUUAUGUAGGCUAUAGAAUGUGGGUAUACGUGGAUUUAUAAUAAGCAUGAAAUCAUACUCUUUCUUAGAUAUUAAAUUAUCUUUAAGCCCCCUUUGUAAAAUGUAUUUCAAUUUCUCCAGAAAUACUUUUGUGGGGUCUGAUUUAAUAAUUUUGCAUCAGUAAGUAUUUUCUUGGUGAUAGAGACAUAGUUUGUGGUGUCAAGAAUAACAAUAUUUCCCCCUUUAUCAGAGGGUUUAAUUGUUAUCUCAUUUCUCGCUUGUAGAUUUUUGUGUCAAAGAUUUUCUUUUUUAAAUAUAUCUUGCUCAUGCCAUAGAGAUAUCAGAGUUUGUAAAUGUUUACAGUCAGAAUGGGAAAGACCCAAUUUCUUAAUUCUUUCAGCUCUUUUUUUCUCUGUGCCAAAUGUAAAGCAAAUUUUUAUAUGAAUAAAUAAAUGUCCUUAUUAAAGGUACUUAACAUGCAAAGUUAAUUAUCUUAUUCUGCAUUGUCCUAGCCCUAAUUAUUUCCUGCAGUCUGGAUUGAAUUGAUUAUCUGACUUGAAAGCUCUCUCUCUUAGGUCUCGGCCAACUUUGAUCUAAAAUAAGUUGAAGGAGUUGUGCUAAAUUAUUAAGUUUUCUCUCAUUUUAUAAGAAUGCCUUUGCCUACAAUAUGUGUGGUAAUACCUCUGGAUAUAGUCUCUUUAUCUGAUUGUCAUGAUUCCGACAUUUAGUGUUAUCUGAGAUUGUGGUGAGUACGGAACUAGUGUGUUUGUGUGGUUAUCACUUAGUCCUAAAUAAUAGUGCCCUCCUUAAGGUCCCUGAAAACUCUUUGGUAUUUUAUAUGCUUUUUUCUAUCUUUCACUUGCUUUUGAAAAUUCUGAAGAUUUUGUUCCGUGGAUGGCUUAAGGUACAAUGGUCAUGUUUGUACAUCUUUUGUAGGGCAUUCUGAAUAUGUAUAACAGGAGGAAUGAUUAUUCAUCACUGGGUUAUGAUUUUUUAAGGUUUUUUUAAUAUAACUUAGCACAGAGUCUGGCUCUUGAUAAUUGUUAAUUAGCAUAUCAGAAGGAUUCAAGGUCUUCUAAGCAGAGCAGUCAAACAGUGUGUAGCCAGUAGGUCUGUGGGAAAGUACACAUGAAUGUCCUUUGGGUUCAAAGUUUCAUACCUGGUCCAAAGGACACAGCUGUAUGUUUGGCUGAAGAGUAAGGGAUCAAAAAACUGUUUCCUAUUAAUCUAGCAUCCAAAUUAGCCCUUCUGGUGCUGUAAUCAGCCAUACCACCUCUAAUGAGUAACCAUUUAAUUUAUACACCAUACACAUAAUUUUUAUUAACAAUAUUUCAACAGUGAAACAAGGAAUCAUGCUCGAUGGGCAUGACAGGAGGGCAUCCCAUAAGGAAGGGGCAAGCAUGGAGAGGUCCAGCUGGCAAGAGUCUGGGGUGCUAGUAUGAGAACGGGAUAGUAACAUCGUUGGUGGAGUGAAGAGGCCAGGCUGGAACAUAUCUGCUAAUGAGGAAGGGAGAUAUAAGCGGGGGCACCGUUAUGGAGAGCUCUGUAGGUACUUUAAACUGAUUUCUAAAUGAGCCAGGAAGCUACUGUAGAGAUUUACAGAGGGGUGAGGUUUGAGAGUGUUAGGGCAUAAGGUAGAUACGUCUGGCAGAAGUGGACUGUAGAGAGACAAUUUGAGCACUUUUCAAGCCAAUACCUAGAGGGUUACAAUAAACAAGGUGGGAAACAAUGAAAGCAUGGACAAGCAUUUUGAUAACUUCCUGAAUGAGAAAGGGUCGAGAAAUGUUCUUAUGGUGAAAGCGACAGGAUUUGUUGAUUGAUUGAUUUUAUGUAAGGUAAAGGUCAAAGUCAAAGAGCACUCCAAGACAAUGUGCUUGUUGGUAGAGGUUAUGGAUAGUUCUGUCUGUGAAAAAGGUACAGAUGCAGUCUUAGAGGGAGGAAACAGAUGGAGGUUGGACUUGGAAAAGUUAAGUUUUAGGAAUUGUGAAGUCAUCCAAUCAGAGACAGCUGGGGGGAGAACUUCUUUAAAAUAUUGAUUGUUUUCCAAAUUUGGGUAUCUACAUGUAUAGGUUUAUGGUGUUGACCUUGAUCUUUCACUGAGUCAGGUUGAGAACAUGGAUUUAAAUGGGCCAACUAGUCAGGAGACAGAGUCCAGUUCCAAGAUUAAACUCUAGUGCCCCACCAUCUAUAAACUUCACCUGACAUUUUUGAUAACUAGAAUGUUUAACCUUGAUGAUGAUGAUGCAAGCAUUGUUAUUUAUAUUAUGAUUAAUAUAAAGAAAAGCUGUCACUUUGCUAAUUGCAUACAGAGAAAGGAGGAAGAAGCACUCACUCUAGACAAGAGUGCAUGGACCUGGUACCACGUAAACCAGCCAUAGUAACACAAAAUAGAAAAUGGACCACUGGACCAUUUUCUUUUUUCUCACAUUGACUAUUAUGUCACAUUAUGGUUGCUAAAAAACAAACAAACAGCAAUACAUUUUUAAUUCUACAUUUUAUACAUCAGAUUCUAUCUAUAAUGCCCCAGUAGGGCAUUCUUUGUGAAUCUCUUAAUAACCUAUAUAUUUUCUGAGUUUAAUGCACAUGCCCAUAUGGAACAACAUUGCAAGAAGAUUCCAAGUUAAGAUAGGUGGGAGGGAUAAGGUCUGCUCUCCAUCUUUACAGUCUCUCUGUAGAGAUAGAUAGGAAUAAAAUUUAAAAAACCACAAGUAGUACUUGCACUCAAUCACAAUAGGUGCAGGUAUCUGGGUCACCUCCAAAGAUCCUCAAUAAUAUUAUACAAAAAAAUACCAAAUGAUACCGCACUCAAUAGAAUAGAUAUAACUGAAUAUAAAUUUAUUAGCAAAAAAUGCACUAAGGACAAAUGUAAGCUAUCUUAUAAAAAGACAAGAGAACACCAUAUGUUUAUAUAUGAAAAAUAUCUUAUCCACUAUACUAUAAAGUGCAAAAAAAGUGCUAAAGUGCAAAAUAUCACAUCACCAUGGUUCCUAAAUGAACAUUUAUAAAAUACAAACAUUAAUGCCUGUUUCAAAGUCCUCUGCACAGAAUAAACCAUAUGGCCCAGCAAAACAACAGACUGUACAUAAGGGUAUAUGUACAUGAAUAAAAUACAAAUGAAAAUAUGGUGGACAGAAAAUAUUUACACUCAAUUACUACUGCAGAUCAGUUUGGGUAAAUUAUACAAAAGCUAUGGCAGACUGUGUAAACAAAGCUUAGAACAUGAAAACAAUGAUCUUUAUUUAAAAAAAUGAAUGAAUGUACUGCAAAAAAUAAAAUUGACAUAAUGAAAUCAAAAGAGAAUACUUAAUGCUUGCCCACCACAGAACUGAAAUGCACCCUAAUUCCAGUAUGGGAAGACCUUGAAAAAUCUUCAAGUAGCGGACCAGAAAUUGGUCAUAUCCGUCGCAUGUCCCUGAACUGAACAAGUGGAGCAGACCAGAAGUGGUCGGUGGCAUACAAACUAUAGAAGGGAUAGUAUAAAAGACAAAGUGACCAAAAGUAUUGACCAAAAGCAAUUAGUCACAAAUUAUAGGACAAAAUCACAUAAAUCUAACUCAGAGAACCCCUACUUUUAUAAAAAUUGCUUUAAGUCAUAAUCUUCAUUAAGACCCAUUGGGUGUAGGGUCUCAAGGCUGCUAAUCCAUUUGGAUUCUCUUUGCGUUAGGAGUCUCUGCCUAUUGUCUCCCCUUCUAAGUGGGGGGACCCCAUCGAUCACCUGGUACCUCAGUUGACGUUAUGCCCACAUUGUUUGAAAUGCCGGAGUUACUACGCAUUGGAGAGGAGGGGAUUUUAACAAAAAAAUAAAGUUUACAAGAAACCAAAUGGAUCUUUGAAAUGUGCACUUUAACACCUAGAGGGCUCAACAUUGAUUUUGAAAUGAACUGUAUUUUAUGAUUUUUUAUGUAUUUAUUAUUUACUUCAUGCGUUUGGGCUAAUGAUAUACCGUAUAUACUUGAGUAUAAGCCGAGUUUUUCGGCACAUUUUUUGUGCUGAAAAAGCCCCACUUGGCUUAUACUCGAGUCAGUGUCUGUAUUAUAGAGAGCGAUAUGUAUAUAUAUAUAUAUAUAUAACAAUAUCCCAGUGAGUAACACCAAUAGUAAUAGAUACUCUGACACCUUAGUGGGUUUUCCCUUUAACCCCACAACAAACAGAAAUGUACAUACAAUAUAAGGUGGAGUAUCUUUCUUAUGAAAUAUUUGUAAGUCGUUCUUCCUAAGGUUAAAACAUAGGUAGAAAAAAUAGUGCAAUAUAGCCAAUAUUAAAUAAUAAAGUGCAAUGGUAAAUAAGAAAAGCACUCACAAACAGAGAGCCACUAUUUUGGCUAGAGGGACCCACUCCCUUGAACUGGCAGGGGUACCCAAACAAUAGGAUAUCCUCACAGUUUGCAGUGUGAAUAAAGUGCUUUAUUGAAAAGUGUUCAAUAAAUAUAAAUUAAUUAAAUUAAAGGAUAAAAAAACUUACAAUUUUGAAGGUAAGUCCUUUUGUAAAGUCUUAUGAAGUGUAAAACGCGUUUCGCCCAGUUUAGAGGUUUCCUCAGUUGCUAGUUGAUCUUGUAUGUUAAUCCGUUUUAAAUAGCUCUGCUUUGGCGGUCUUUUUGCUCUCCUUCCGUCCUCGGUCGGCAUUCAAGGAAGUUUUCAUUUCCGCUUCCGGAUUUUUUGCGUUCCAACCGUGGAAUGUACUCGUCACGUGACACAUGCUGUAUCAGUUCAAUACAGAUACGGUCUUUUAAGGAAUGUAAAUGCAUAUAUGCAUUUCAAAGUAUCAGUUCAAUACGGAUACGGUCUUUUAAGGAAUGUAAACAUUAUGCAUGCAUUUAGCAUUUAGCAAUGCCAGUCUGUAAUAAAUAUGAUCCUUCCAAAGCUUCUAUCAUCCAAAUUUCUGACAAUAUACAUACACAGAAAACACAUGAAACAAAGUUUAUAUGCCAGUAUAUUUCUAGAAUAGAAGAUGUUAUGCAUUAAAUUGUAGACAUUAUGGUGAUAAGAACAAUAGUAAUUGUACAUAUAUAAAAAAGGUAUUAUGAAUUUAAUAAAUAUUUUUAUGUCUUAUAAGGUACUCUAAAAUUAUUUGUUUCCUUAAAAGAUAUAGAAUAGACCAAAAAAAAAAGUGGGAAGGAAGGGAAAAUUAUAAAAUUAUAUUAAAAAUGACAAACUUCAAAGUCUGAGUUAAGACCGUAAGGGGUCUUAAAAUGAAAAAUAAAACUAAUUUCUUCCUUUCGUAAUGUUUUAAUAUAAUUUUAUUUAUCCUCUCUCCAAUUUCUUUUAACUUCUUUUAUUGCACAAAAAAACAAGUUCUCAGGAUUUUGGUUAUGGACUUGUUUAUAAUGUAGUGACACAUUAUGAGUUUCUAAACCAUUUCUUAUAUUUCUAAUAUGUUCUGCAAUCCUAACCUUUAGUGGUCGAAUAGUUCUGCCUAUAUAUAAAAGGUUGCAUAUAUUUUAAAAUAUAUAUUUAAUCCCUUUUGAAUGGCAGGUUAAAUGGUCAUUUAUAAUGUACGGUUUUUUAAUUAUAUUUUCUAUAUCCUUUAAAUGUCUCUUUUUACUUUUUGUUGUUUUACAAGGGAGGCAUGUUCCACAUCCAUAAAAUCCUUUUAAUUCUUGAAUAAAGUGCUUUGUUUUUUUUAGGGGUUAAGUGACUUUUCACUAAAAUAUUUUUAAAAUUCUUAGCUCCUCUAUAUAUUCUUUUUGGUUUUGAUGGUAAAAUCAUAUUUAAAACAGGGUCGUCCUUUAACAGAUGCCAAUGUUUUUUAAUAGUUUUUUGUAUCCGUCUGUUGAGUCCAUUAAAAUUGCAGAUAAAGGGGAUUUCAUUUGUUUGUGUUAUUGUUUUUUGCUUAUAUUUUAUAAGAUCUUUUCUUUGUAAUUUUCCUAUCUCCUCUACUUCUUUCUCUAGGAUUGUUUUAUCAUACCCUUUUUCAAUAAAUUUUUUUUGAUAUAUUUGGCCUGUUUAAGAUAGUCGUAAUCUAAUUUGCAAUUUCGCCAGAUUCUUAAGAAUUGACUUUUAGGAGCAUUGUUAAGCCACGGGUUAUGAUGACAACUUGCUUUUUCGAUAUAACUGUUUGCAUCAACAGGUUUGAAGUAGUUUUUAGUUAUUAUUGUUGAUUCGUGGAUACUGAAAUGCAAAUCUAAAAAUUCUAUUUGCAAUGUGCUGUUUUGGCUAGUUAAAUUUAUUCCGUAAUUGUUGGUAUUUAGAUAUGAAAUAAAACCCUGAAGUUCUUCUGUGGUAUCAGUCCAUAUAAAAAAGAUAUCAUCUAUGAAUCGACAAUAGGACACCAAGCUUCUCCCCCAUCGAUUGCCCUGUAGUACAAAUGUUUCUUCCCAGAAUGCCAUAAAAAGGUUGGCAUAACUAGGGGCGAACUUGGUGCCCAUUGCCGUGCCACAGAUCUGGAGAUAAAAUGAAUUUUCAAACCAAAAAUAGUUAUUGGUUAAAAUAAGUAAAAUCCCUUUUAAAAUAAAAUUGACUUGUUCCUUCUUAAAAUCAGAUUUUUCUAAAAAAAUAUUUGACUGCUGCUAUUCCUUUGUCAUGUGGAAUGAUAUUAUACAAUGAGGUUACAUCACAAGUAACCAUUUGAUAUCCAUCCACCCAUUCUGUUUUUUCUAAAAUCUGUAGAAAAUGGAUCGUGUCCUUCAGAUAGGAGGAAUUUUUUAUAACUGUCGGCUGAAGUAGGGUGUCUAUGUAUGUAUAUUGUGAGAAAUUUGGAUGAUAGAAGCUUUGGAAGGACCAUAUUUAUUACAGACUGGCAUUUUUGUUUUGUUUUGUUUUUUUCUCUCUUUAUUUCUAUAUGUCAAAACAGGAAGCACCGCCAUUUUUUUUCUCUCUCUCUUUAUUUAUAUAUAUCAAAACAGGAAGCACCAUCAUCCUUUUUUUUUCCAUUAGCAUUUCCUGCUGCUAUACCUGUCUCCAAUAUGGUAAAUUGGAGGCAUAUAUAGGUGGGUCAGCAAAUGGGAGGAUAUACUGCACUUGAAAAAGACCCUGGAGGGUUGAAACGCGUUGUGCUAGCUGCUGUGUCAGCCAUUUCUGCUUUUAUUAUUUUAUACCAAAUAAAUGUUUAUUUUAACACUUCACCUUACCUGGUUCCUGAGUUCCUGCUAAGAAAAACUUAUUACAAACAUCUAAGAGGAGGAUCAGAUCCAGUGUAUCCCUUGGUGGAUGAAAUACCUUUAUAGUCCAGAGCCUGACUUAUGUGGCUCUGGAAAGUGUGAGUGAACAUUUUUUAUUCUCCACAUAUUGUAAAUAGGUUACAACAGUAUACACUAUGUUGUUUUCUUGUAUAUAUUAUAUAUAGGGUCUACAGUUACUGUCUGUUGCUGAAAUAGGACCUAUACACGUUUUUAAAGGUAAAAUAUUCCACUGUUUGUGCGCUUUCACCUUUUUUUUCCUGUUCACUAUAUCUUCAUUCAUUACCAUCAUUAUAAAAAAUGGGCCAAAAAAUCCAUGUUAACCUAAUGCAUUUAAAUGAAAAUAUAAUUUCUCCCCAAGUCACAAAACAUAAACAGUCAUGAAGGACACAUCUUGCUUCAUGCAAAUCAUGAAUCCAUUUAUGGGAAUGUAGAUUAGGUAUCUGCUGGCCCUGUUUAUUUUCAGGGCCAGAGGACAAGGCAGCAUUCAACAUAUAUAGGGGCAAGAGGCUGGCCAUUUCCUGGCCCUAAUAAAACAUAGAGGGAGAUAGUUUACAGCACACUCUGGCCCUCAUAUUAAUAUAUUACUCUCCAUCUGAAAGCUCAUUUGCCAGGCCCCAGCCUGGUUUUUAUUAUAAAUGUAAUUAUUUAUUUGUUUUAUAGAGAAUUCACAUUCUCUUUUAGUGAGUGAGAAAUGAUUGUCUCUACUUACAUGCUGGGGUCUUACAAACCCCAGUAUGUAUUCACUUACACCUUAAUUUUACUUUAAGCGUCACUAAACGCAAUUCAGUAAAUAACAUAUAGCAUUGAUUUCUUAAAUUAAGACAGUUUCUUAAAUUAAGCCGGUAAAUAAAUUAACUUUUUCACAUACCUUUUCUACAAUGCCAAUUUCAAAUGUGAUAGGCUCUAACAAAUCAACAUGAGUAUGUUUGUUUUGUAGCAUAUCUUUCAUCGUGCGAUGACAUCCUAAAUUAUUUAUUUCAAUAUUUGUUUUUUAUAAUUAUGUCACUGAUUUCAUCGUGCAAUUAUUUAUCUAUUUUUUAUUGUUUAUUUAAUUUGUUCUACUUUAUUUUAGGUUUACUUCUUAUGGUUCCAUGCCAAGGAUAUAAUCCAGUCCUUUAAAACUCUUGAAAGGUAAAUAUUUCUGAAUUGAAAAUAGUAGGGGAGAUUUAUAAAAGUGGGUUGAAAAGUGUCUUCUUCUGGUGGUUCAAAAAUCUGUUCUAAUUUUGAAAGUAGUCAGAAAAGUGUCACUCUAAUGAAGAAUACUGUGCAACUAUUCUGUGAGUAUUCUACUUUAUUUUCUACGCCACAAUAAAACUGAUGAAAGAGAAAAACAGAAAAUAGAAUGCAAUUUUGGUUCAAAAAGGUGGAAAUGUUAAGAAAUGGAAUUUGCUCCAUGAAAAAAAUAACAUAAAAAAAAAAUUAUGGAAAAGUUACAAAAGUAAAAAACGGUGGAAAACAACAUAGUAAUUGAUCAUUCCCAGCAAAAAAAGUAAUAAAUAUCCACCUACAUAUGAGCCGCGGCUUAAUGCUGGGAGUAGAACUGUUUAAUACAAGCACAGUCACAGAAUUUAUACAUGUACAAAACUCCUCCUCUGUGCCUGAGAGAUAAUUGAAUCAGGAACUGUACAAACUCAAUUAUCUCCAGGUACAGAAAAACAUAAAAAUUUUCAAACACCCCAAAAGUACCCCCAAAAUGCACAAAAGUAACAUCCCCGGAUAGCCCUGAUCUGAGUGAACAUCAUAUCCAAAAAUCACUCAGAUCGGUUUGGUAGUUUUGAAUUGCCAUCGCUGGAAAGUUUUGACCAGCCUUGAGGUCGAAGCCCAAAAUCCGGGUUCCAGGGAAAUUGUGGCAAGGGCUGGUCUCCGUUCAUUGGGUUUUUCUACAAAAACCACAUAGUUUAUACAAAAUCUUUUAAGUGUGGAAUGCUCCCCUCAUUCGGUAGUCCAUAUCUCUCGAACGCUGUUCGUAUAGGUGGUCGGGAACUUGAACAGGCAGUAGGCCUAUUUUCUGGCGUGAAAUCAGUUCCAGGCACUCGACGACCAAGUCCCGCUGCCUGCGUUUGGGAGACAAAAUGGCCACCAUCCAUUCUGUCUACCACUUGCGUUCGGUUGCACGAAAUGGCAGGCACCCAGUGGAGCAUUCUAUUAAUUGUUUCCUUCGCGGUUUUCGUACUGGAUAUUUAGUGUUCCACGUUCUAAUGAGAUUCUGUGGUGGUCCUCGUUCGGGAACCGAACCAGGUAGGUACAAACAAAACAAAUUAAUAUCCAUAAACGAAAGGUGCCGAAUCCAAGUGAUGGGGUAUUCCUUCACACGAUAUGUUUUUAUAAUAUUUGAACUGUCUAUUCAUCAUGGGUAGUGGAUGAUUUGUGAUGUUGAAUUGAUGAAUUAGCAAUUUGGUGGUACUCCCAAUCCUUUUUUCUAACAGAACCAAUGGAGUAGACAUGAGUAACUAGUGAGUCGGUGGUACAAAAGACAUAUUUUUUUUAAUUGGAGGGUUAAUUUUUGUGUGCAAAUAACCACCUUCCAUACCCAGUGGUGGAACUACCGCGGUCUCAGGGGUCACAGCUGAUACCGGGUCUGUCACUUCAGACGUAUUGGGGGCAGGGCCCCGGUUUCUAGUUACCACGUUUCUAGUUACACCUCUGUCCAUACCUACAUACGGGCAUUGCAAGACUAACAAAUCAAGUAAACUUGAAACUCCUUGCUACAGUUUUGAUCUGCUUCUAGUGAAGUUGUCUUUACCGAUAAAAUAUGUUCAUUCAGAUACUUCUCAAUUGAGAAGCACAGGAGCUCAAAGCACAUACUCGGCAAUCCUUGCAGUCUGCCAUCAAUGCUUCUCGAAGCAUAGGGACACAUGGCACAUGCAUAUCAAAUACCACAUCUUCUGUUAGAAGCACUUACUUCCGCUUGAAACGAUAGUUCAAAACAAGUGAAGCUGGAAGUGCUUUAGGGAAGUAUUCAUUGUUAAAUGGUAUUGGUGGUAUCUUCAAAUUUGAGUAUGACACCUAAUGAUGGAUGAAGGACUGUCCCCCAGGAAGACAAGAGAGGAAUACAAUACUGAUUGCAGGGCCUCAGAAUAAAAGGUAAAAAAUUAUUAUCCACAGUGGCAUUUAACUACCUUGGGAGCUUUUAUGAGAUACAUUUGAGGUUUUAGUGAUCCCAGAUAAAUGUAUAGUAAAUUGAAAUAGAGACAGGAUUGGCAGCUAAGUGCCUGUUGACCCCAUUAAAAAUAUCUUUUACGUUGUCCCGCACAUGAUCUAAUUAUGAAUUAGAGAAAAUCUGCAGCAGAGACGGACUCUGAGUAGUUCCUUUUAUUACAAGAUGCAUUGUUUAAAGGAAAACUAUUAUAACCAUAAUGUUAUUUAAAUGUUGUCCCAUUAGCUGUUGCACACUUGCCUUAUUAAACCAUUCAAGGUUUUUAUUUUGCUGUAUUGUUGUAAACAAAUGAAUUAUUUAACAGUGACCUUAGUUGACAAGACACUCCUAAUAACAUGCACCUCAUAUAUGUGUGCUGCAUGUUUUAUAUGUGUUCACCCAUAGAAUGUUUUUUUUUAUCUUGAACAGCAUGAACAUUAUUUAGCCAAAAAAUACAUUAAUAUAUAUAUAUAAAAAAAUUGUUUUCUUUUGUCCCUUUUAAAAUUAGUAGUUACAUUUUACUGUGAAAUGUAAAAAAAAAAAAAAAAGUUUAAAAUCAAGACAUAAAUUAUGAAGUCGAUUAUUAUUAUUAUUAUUAUUAUGAUAUUUAUAUAGCGCCAUCAAAUUCCACAGCGCUUUACAAUGGGUGGACGAAAAGACAUGUAGUUGUAACCAGGCAAGUUGGACACACAGGAACAGAGGGGUUGAGGGCCCUGCUCAAUGAGCUUACAUGCUAGAGAGAGUGGGGUAAAAUUACACAAAAAGGUAAGCAUAGUAUUAGAAGAGGAAUCAGUCAGGAGCUAUUAACAGUUAAAUUGAUACGCUUUUAUGAAGAAGUGGGUUUUUAAUGAUUUUUUUAAGGAGUGGAGACUGGGUGAGCAUCUAACGGAGGAGGGAAGCGAGUUCCACAGGAACGGUGCAGCCCUCGAGAAAUCUUGAAGGCAAGCAUCAGAGGUGGAAGUACGGACAGAAGAUAGACGUAAGUCUUCAGCAGAUCGUAAGGGCCUAAACGGGACAUACUUGUGUAUAAGGGAGGAUAGAUAGGUAGGAGCAGCAUUAUGUAGAGAUUUGAAAGCAAGAAUCAGAAUUUUAAAUUGAGUUCUAUAUUUUAUAGGAAGCCAAUGUAGGGACUGACAGAAGGGUGAGGCAUGGGAGGUGCGGGCGGACAGGAAGAUGAGCCUCGCCGCCGCAUUCAUUAUUGACUGUAACGGUGCAAGUUGGGAGCACGUAAGACCACUGAGAAGCGGAUUACAGUAGUCAAGGUGAGAAAGGACAGUGGAAUGGACCAACACCUUAGUCGCAUCUGGCGUUAAGUAGGGGCAGAUGCGCGCAAUGUAGGAGCGUGAUGACUUAAGGUGCACCCACGUGCACACUCUGUGGUCGAGCCCAGCUUUCGAUGGCAGCUAUCCCGUUUCAACUCUAAGCAACUUCAAGCAAGCUACUGAGUUUCCCUCCCUACCCCUGUUUUGAACAAAACUAGUUCUUCCUAACCUACAUACCUCCUCCCCUCCAGAACUCCAAAUACCCAAGAACCCACAAAUCUUCAUCAUAGCCCUGCUGAUUAUCUCCGCCUAAGUACAUCUGUGCAAGUGGUGUGAGGCACGGUAGAUGAUGCGAGGAGAAGCUUUUGCCAUGAGGCAGUGAAGCACAGUGGUAGACGCAAGGAGAAGCAAGUGCCACAAGUCAGAGACUUACCUUUUUCUGCGAGUGCGGUAAAUGCAGAGAGGAGUCUAGCCUGAGGAAAGCAGGAGAUUGUGAAUGGUGGCGCUGAUUAAAAUGCUUCAUAGAAAAUUACACAAGUACUAUGAGUAGCUCCUUUAGAGCAUUAAUAUCUGGGAAAGGGAGGAGGUAAGAAGAAAGAUAAAGGAAAAGCAAAAGGGGGAUUAAGGGAGAAAAGUAAAGAGAUUUUAAGUUAUGCUUUUUCUGCAUAAAAUGCAAUUUCUCUGACUGCAUAUCUUAUAAAUUGAGUUGUCUAAGUAAUAUUCUGCCAUAAAAACAAAGAAGAGAAAUGGAAAAGAAACUAGGAAAAGAGUAGAAAAGUGAGGAAAAGGAAGAGGAAUACAAUAAAAAUGGAUUUAUAGAAAAAAGGGAAAGAAAAAAGAAAGAGAAAGCAAAGAGAAGGGAAGAAGAGAAGAAGUGCAAAGAUUGAAAUGAAGGAAAGAAGAAAGAACAAAGGGGAAAAAAGAGGAAAGAUAGAGUAGAAAGGGAAGGAAAGUAAAAAGGGGAAAAAGGAGAACAAAAGGAGAAAGAGAGGAAGAAGGAAGGGAGAAAAAAAGGGGAAAGAAAUUAAAGAGGAAAAACUAAAUAAAGAGAUAAAAAUCACAAUGGCUCCUAAAAUUGAAAAAAAUCCUUAUUCCUAUUCCUAUUACAAUAAAGCUCAUUAAAAAUCUAAAAUAUUUCAAAGAAAAUCAUUCGAAACUAACAAAGAUCAAUUAGGGUACUCUGAUGAAAUAACACAUGAUGAAGAGCAAAUGCUCAACCCACCUCUUUCCCAUGAAUCCUUAUUACUAAUGAUGGACAAUCUAUAUACUAAAAUCAAAAAAUGUUUAAAUUCUAACACAUUGGAAUUAAAAAAUGAAGUAUCUUCUAUAACUCAGAAAUUAUCACAACAAGCGGAUCUUUUUACGAAAUUUCAAAGUGACUUUAUGGAAAUUCUAACUAAAAAUCUCCAACUUAAUUCUAAAAUUGAAACGUAUUUAAUAGAGCUUUUUUCUACAAUAACAGAUUUAUCCUUGUAUGGGGCACAUCCCCUAGAGAGAUAUCACAUGUUUUCUCUCCAAGACGGGAGAAGAGAGGGACAUAAGAAUUAGAAACAGAAAUUGAAGCGAAAAUAAUUUAAGGAAAUAAUUUUGUAGAAAGCUGGUACACCUUUAGUGUGACUUAAAUUGGAAAUUGGUCAGAUCAGAAAUUAGAUUUCUGAUUACACGUUGUUAUUUCAAUGUAUGAAUGUCGAAUGAUUAUUUUAUACGUUGGAGGAUAUUUUACGUUUUUUUCUAUUAAAAAUUUUCAGAGAGAGCUGGUACAAAGAUAUGAAGAAGUAGGGCAGGUACGAGAGGUUCUAAACAUUAAAAUAAAAAGAAAUUAUGCUUAAUUUUAUCUCAAUAAGUGAUGCCAAAAUCAAAAAGAUGUAGUAUAUGUCCAGGAGACUCACUGGAAUAAUACAACCAAGAAAUUAUGGAAAUUCUCUCAUUAUCCACAUAUUUAUCAAGCCAAUAUUUCUAAUGGGAAAAAAAAAGCGAGGGAUAGCUAUUAUAAUUUCUAAUAAAGUACAAUUUUAGCCGAUCCUUGAGGAAAUGGACAAUAAAGGUAGAUACAUUAUUCUUAUUUGCAAAAUCAAUGAUAUGUUAUAUAUAUUAGUAAACAUAUAUGCCCUAAUCAGUCUCCUAAAAAAAUUAUUGAAAAAUUAAUGAACAGAAUAAAUCAAAUAACUCAAGGUACUUUAAUACUAGGAGGUGAUUUCAACUGCGCUCCUGAUGCCAAAUAAGAUUUAAAAAAAAAAAAUUACCAUCUAGUGCAAGAAUAGAUUCUCAAUCUAAAUACGCUGCAAGUCUACUUUUUUCAAAAAACUCUCUAUAUGACAUCGGAGAGUAUUACACCCCCAAGAACAAGACUAUACAUUUUUUUCAAAGGUACACUGUUCAUACUCAAGAAGAGAUCUAUUCGUUACUAAACAACAAACAUUAUAUAAAUGUUCUUCCUCAAGGAUCGGAUCAAUAACAUGGUCUGAUCAUGCACCCAUAUGUUAAAAAAUUGAGAGCAAUAGAGAAUAUUCCCCUCAAACAACAUGGAGACUGAAUGAAUCAUUCUGCUCUCCUGGACAGGAUAAAGAUAGGCUGAAAAAGCAAGCUGAGGAUUUUGUCGGAAUUGACGAUAAUGGAGAGACCUAAAUUUUUUUCUAUUUGGGGAUCAUUUAAAUGUUUUACCCGAAGAUUAUUUAUAAAACUCGGAUCUUAUGUAAAAAAGAAAUGCAGAGAAUCUUAAUCAAAUCUUUACAUAUCAUUAACUAAACAAGAGAAAAGAAAGAAAAUCCAAAUUCAAUACUCUUGAAAAUAUAAUACAACAAGUAAAAUGUAAAAAGAAAAGCAAUCAAAUAAGCAAAAUAAAAAUAGGAGAUAAAAUACUUUUAUCUCUGUCAUGCCAAAAGCAUGAGUUGGUGUUUGAUGUGUGUUUAUAUAUGUUAAGAGUUGUUUUUUUGUAAACCUUGGGAUGACAUUUAUUGUGGUCUUUGAUCUUGCACCAGGCCUAGACCAUAAAACAUCUAGAUAGCCAUCACCAGAGCUGGACACAAGGAAUUUCAUAGAGUGGGCAAUAGACUGCCAGACCAACCCCCUCCCCCCCUCCCCCCCCCACAGGGGUCUGCCCACUGAGAAACAACUAGUUUAGAUAUAUGAGGGUGUUGGACUAUCCAGGGAGGUCAGUUAUUCUUUUUUUUUUGUCAGUAACUUCUAGGAGACCUAUACCAUCUAAGACUCCCACAAGAAUUCUAUAUGGGGUAAAUAUAUGUAAGGAAUUUCUUGUGUUUUCUCCUAUUUUAUUUUAUGUACUGUUUUGCAAUUUGUUAUCUGUAUGUCAUUUAUUUCUGUAUUUUGUACUCAGCACUGUGAAUCCUUUUUGUCAGAUUAAAUGUUUACUUAAUCAGCUUGUGUCUCUGUUCUCUAUGAGCUUCACUCUCCAGAGGAAAGCUCAGGUAAACACGUUACCAAAAAGGGUUAACUAUAUAUGUUUUAUCAGUAAAAGUAGAACUGUGAUGCUAUAAUUCUCCUGUGUGUGGGGUAACCUAAGAUGCCCGGGUUUAAAAGUCUUGGUGGUGGCAGUAAAGUUGUAACGAGAAUAUACCCCUACACGCAGGAUCCAGCUAAACAGAGGCAAAUACAGAGGAGAGAUACGUCUACCGGACCUUAGAAUGGCCGGACUUGACGUAUAUGAGAGAAGACAGAGCCAGGAACAAACCGAGGUCAAGGGCACAGAGAGACAGCGUAAACUAGGACAAGCCGGGGUCUGGUACACGGAAAACAGCAAGCCGGCAAACAGUACAGAUAAGGAUAAAGCGAAAACGAAGUCAGAAUACGAAGCCAAAGUCAAUACGAGAAAACACAACUGAACACCACAAGCGCUAAAGGGAACUGAAACAGAAACCACGAUAGGGCAACGAGCUAAGGGAAAAAGGUAAGUUAAAUAGCUUUUAAACCAAAGUGAUUGGCUCCUGUCACUUCCACACCCCUAUAGGUAAUUGUAUAGGGAGUGUGGUAUGACAGGAGCCAAUGGGAGCCUUUUGGCAAUUAGGCUCCCACUGUCUCUUUAAGAGCGCGCCCGAGACUCGCGGCGCGCUCUUAGUUUCAGGCGGGACACGUGACCGCUUCACGCGGUCACUGCCCGCCUUCCAUCUAAAGCAGUCGGAUGAGCCGCGCGCGGCUCGUGCAGCCGCAGGACCGCGCGCGGCUUGAAGAGAGGACCGCGACCGGCCCCCGGUUAAGGUAAGUAACGCUACAGUACCCCCCCCUGAGGACACGCCCCCCGGGCGGGUAGGACCAGGCCUGGCAGGAAAACGAGAAUGGAAAGAGCGCACAAGACGGGGUGCAUGGACAGCAUCAGCCGAAAUCCAACUGUGCUCCUCAGGCCCAUAACCCUUCCAAUGUACCAAGUACUGAAGUCGACCCCUAAGGAAACGAGAGUCAAGAACAGCAGACACUUCAAACUCCUCAUGACCCUCCACCGAGAUAGGAGGGGGAGGAGGAGUAUGCCGGGUAUAGCGGUUGCGUACGAAAGGUUUCAACAAUGAGGUGUGAAAAACAUUAGGAAUACGUAGAUUCUUAGGCAGGCCUAAGGCAUAAGAAACAGGAUUAACCUUAUGUAUAAUACGAUAAGGUCCAAUGAAGCGGGGAGCCAAUUUCAUAGAAGGCACCCGGAGACGAAUAUUCAGCGUGGAAAGCAAAACCCUGUCCCCCACAACAUAGGACGGAGCUGCUCUGCGAUGCUUGUCAGCCUGAGCCUUCUGGCGAGUAGCAGAGUCCACCAAAGAACGCUGAACCUGCUCCCAAGUAUUACGCAAACCAGCCAAAUGCUCAUCCAGAACUGGCAUGCCCUGUGAGGAGAAUGCAGCCGGAAGAACAACGGGAUGCUGGCCAUAGACAACGUAAAAAGGGCUCUUGCCGGAAGAAUCAUGAGUGGCGUUAUUCCGAGCAAAUUCAGCCCAAGGAAGCAGGUCAGACCAAUUGUCCUGAUGGUGAGACACAAAACAACGGAGGUAUUGCUCCAGAGACUGGUUGGCACGUUCAGCAGCCCCAUUAGACUGGGGAUGAUAAGCGGAAGAAAAUGAGAGAGAAAUACCCAUUUCUGAACAAAAGGCCCUCCAGAACCUGGAAAUAAAUUGGCUACCCCUAUCGGAUACAAUAGAUACGGGAAUCCCAUGUAAUCGAAAUACUUCUCUAGCGAAGAUAUGAGCCAGUUCCUUGGAUGUGGGCAACUUGUGAAGAGACACGAAGUGAGCCAUUUUGGAGAACCGAUCCACUAUCAUCAGGAUUACUGUGUUACCAUUUGAAGGGGGUAAUUCAACAAUAAAAUCCAUGGACAGGUUAGACCAAGGUCUCUCGGGAACGGGUAACGGAUGCAACAGCCCACAAGGAACUCUACGGGAGGAUUUCAUACAGGCACAAGUAGUACAAGCACUUAUAUAGUCAGUGACAUCCUUUCGUAAGGAAUCCCACCAAAAAUACCGAGAAACAGCUGACACCGUUUUGGAAAUACCAGGAUGUCCAGCGGUCUUAGUAUCAUGAUAUAAUGACAUAAUAUCCCGUCUCUCAGGAACAUCAACGAACAGUUUAUCAUUAGGCCUCUCGCUAGGUGCCAUGCUUUGUUUCGCUUGUAUGGUCUGCAAGAGGGACGAGGAAAUAGACAAAAUAGUAGUAGCUAUUAUCCUGUCUGGGGGAAUGACAGGAGUAACAUCAAUCUCCUGUUUGUCAGUAGUUUUGAACUGUCUGGACAGAGCGUCUGCUUUAGUGUUGCGAUCACCUGGCCUAUAGGUGAUAAUAAAAUUGAAACGGGACAAAAAUAGUGACCACCUAGCCUGCCUGGAAGACAAUCUUUUGGCUUCGCUAAGGUAGGAUAGGUUCUUGUGAUCCGUAAAAAUGAGGAUAGGAUCCUUAGUUCCCUCUAACAAAUGUCUCCACUCUUUAAGUGCUAAAAUAAUAGCAAGGAGUUCACGAUUACCCACAUCAUAAUUUUUCUCUGCUUUGGACAUUUGUUUAGAAAAGAAGCCGCAUGGAUGCAAUGGCUUCUCAGGCGACUCUCUUUGGGACAAGACAGCACCUACCCCAAUAUCCGAAGCAUCAACUUCAAGAAUAUAGGGCAGUGAGGGGACAGGAUGCUGUAAAAUAGGUGCAGAGGCGAACGUAGUUUUAAGAAAUUCAAAAGCCUGAAGUGCCUCGGUAGACCAAACACGAGUAUUGCCAUCCUUUUUAGUCAUACGGGUGAUAGGUGCUACAAUGGACGAGAAACCUUUGAUAAAACGUCUAUAAUAAUUGGAGAACCCAAGAAAACGCUGAAUAGCUUUCAGACCUUGCGGUAGAGGCCAUUCUAUUACAGCAGCUAGCUUCUGGGGAUCCAUACGAAAACCUUUAGCGGAAAUCAAAUACCCCAAGAACUGGACUUCGGUUUGGUCAAACAGACAUUUUUCUAGCUUGCAAUAAAGACCAUUAGCAAGAAGGGUCUUCAAAACUGUCGUAACAUGUCUGUGAUGAGUGUGUAUAUCUGCAGAAUAUAUUAAAAUGUCGUCCAAGUAUACGAUAACAAAUGUGUGAAUAAAAUCUCUCAAUACAUCAUUAAUAAAUUCUUGGAAUACUGCUGGGGCAUUGCAAAGCCCAAAUGGCAUAACAGUGUAUUCGUAAUGACCGGAUCUAGUGUUGAAUGCAGUCUUCCAUUCGUGAUUUUCCUUUAUACGUAUCAAAUUGUAUGCAUUCCUAAGGUCUAAUUUAGUGAACACAGUGGCAUGUUUCAGCCUGUCAAAUAAUUCUGUAAUCAAAGGUAUAGGGUAUGCAUUUUUGAUAGUGAUUUUGUUUAGACCUCUAUAAUCUAUACACGGUCUUAAAUCACCUUCUUUCUUCGAUACAAAGAAGAACCCUGCUCCAGCUGGAGAAGAGGAUCUCCUAAUAAACCCUUUUUCUAAUGAUUCCUUGAUGUACUCCUCCAUGACACGGUUUUCUUGAACCGAUAAGGGGUACACCCUGCCCUUUGGAGGUAUAGUGCCAGGCAACAAGUCAAUAGCGCAAUCAUAGGGUCUGUGAGGCGGUAAUUUCUCAGCCUCCCUUUUAUCGAAAACAGUCUUUAGAGAUAAAUACUGAGGGGGUAUAACCAUAGACAAAGGAGGACUGGUAGGUACCUCAAUAGAAUUCAAAGGUGUGACUUCCAACGUACAAGACUCGUGGCAGGCCUUACUCCAUGAUUUUAUUUGCCCUGUCUCCCAGUCAAAAAUGGGAUUGUGAGCACGUAACCAUGGAUACCCUAAUACUAACUGUGAAGAGGGAGAGGUGAUGACCUGGAAUCGAAUGGUUUCAUAGUGUAAAACCCCUGUGUACAUGUGUAAUGGUACAGUCUCAUGAGUAACAACUGGAGAACUUAAUGGUCUACCAUCUAUGGCCUCAACGGCCAAGGGUAUCUCCUUCUCUCUGAUGGGAAUGUUGUUUCUCUUUAUAAAGCCAGAGUCUAUAAAAUUUUCAGCUGCCCCAGAGUCAACCAGAGCAUAUAUGUUGUCAACUAUACAAAUCUCUCCCAUAUAUAAAGAAACCGGGAGAAGCAAGCGGUUAGGAGGCAAUUUAGGAGACUUAGAUAUCACACCCAAGGCCAGUCCCCUAUAAGGUCUUAGGUGCGAGAGUUUUCCGGGAGUAAAGGACAUUCCUUUACCAUAUGGUCUCUCCUACCACAGUAUAGGCAGAGUCCCUCCCUUCUCCUAUGUAAUUUCUCAGUAUCAGAGAGUUUGGCAACCCCUAAUUGCAUAGGUUCCUCCUCAGACACUUUAACACUCUCUGGUAUAUUAACUCUGGGGUUAAUGGGUGUAACAAAACGUCUAUUCCUGUUCUUGGUAUAGAGCCUGUCACGAAUUCUAUUAUCAAUAUCAAUGAGGUAAUCGAUAAGGUCCUCUAAGGCAAUAGGAAGCUCCUUAGCUGCUACCUCAUCCAAUAUCGUAUCUGACAAACCUUCCAUAAAGGCAGUAGUUAACCCAUUGUUGGUCCAAUCUACCUGCGAAGCAAGAGUGCGAAACUGAAUAGCAUAAUCAGCCACAGACCUAGAACCCUGUUUAAUUCUCAUUAAUGCUCUUGCGGCAUUCUUUGACCUUUUCAUUGUGUCAAAAGUUCUACGAAAAGCCGUAAGAAAACUGUUGAAAUCAUGUACCAUAGGCCCAUUAGCUUCCCAAAUAGGAUUUGCCCACUCAAGUGCCUUAUCGGUAAGUUGGUGCAUAAAGAACCCAACCUUAGACCUCUCUGUGGGAAAUGAACGUGGAUACAUUUCGAAGUGAAAUUCAAUCUGAUUAAUAAACCCUCUGCAAGUCUUAGAGUCCCCUCCAUACCUAGGAGGAGGUGUUAAAUGGGCCGAAGUAUUAGGCAAAGUAGAUACUUCAGGGAGAAGGGGCGUAGGAGGGUUAGGUGUAGUUGCUGGAACGGUUCUAGCUAGGAGCGUCUGGAGAGCCUGAGCUAUUUGAUCCAUACGGUGAUCCUGCUCUACAAAUCUUGCCUCAUGGGACGCCAUCUGUUGAGCUAAAUCUGCGGGGUCCAUGGCCCUAUCGUAAUGUAACGAGAAUAUACCCCUACACGCAGGAUCCAGCUAAACAGAGGCAAAUACAGAGGAGAGAUACGUCUACCGGACCUUAGAAUGGCCGGACUCGACGUAUAUGAGAGAAGACAGAGCCAGGAACAAACCGAGGUCAAGGGCACAGAGAGACAGCGUAAACUAGGACAAGCCGGGGUCUGGUACACGGAAAACAGCAAGCCGGCAAACAGUACAGAUAAGGAUAAAGCGAAAACGAAGUCAGAAUACGAAGCCAAAGUCAAUACGAGAAAACACAACUGAACACCACAAGCGCUAAAGGGAACUGAAACAGAAACCACGAUAGGGCAACGAGCUAAGGGAAAAAGGUAAGUUAAAUAGCUUUUAAACCAAAGUGAUUGGCUCCUGUCACUUCCACACCCCCUAUAGGUAAUUGUAUAGGGAGUGUGGUAUGACAGGAGCCAAUGGGAGCCUUUUGGCAAUUAGGCUCCCACUGUCUCUUUAAGAGCGCGCCCGAGACUCGCGGCGCGCUCUUAGUUUCAGGCGGGACACGUGACCGCUUCACGCGGUCACUGCCCGCCUUCCAUCUGAAGCAGUCGGAUGAGCCGCGCGCGGCUCGUGCAGCCGCAGGACCGCGCGCGGCUUGAAGAGAGGACCGCGACCGGCCCCCGGUUAAGGUAAGUAACGCUACAAAAGUGUACUAAGGGGUUUAGUGUAGAAGGGAUUGCAGGGGUUAAUUGAGUGGUUGCUGGGACUAGCAACAGGUAACCAGGGGUCUGGUGUCAUUAAUCCUGUCACUUCCACACUCUCCCCACUGUCUCGGCUGGGCCUAUAGCCCACGCACGUGACAAUCUCCUAAACAGAUUUGAGAGGCAUUCAGAUCCUAUUACUAUUCACUAUACAAUUUAGAAAUUGGAAAUAAGGAAGUAAUAAGUGAAUAUAUAAUUAAAGAGUUUCUUAAGAAAUGUAAAUUACCCAAACUCAAACCAAAUAAAUUAGAACAACUAAAUAAACUUAUUUCAAUGUUUGAGAUCCAAAAUAUAAUAAAAUGGCUAAAAAAUGUCAAAGCACUUGGACAAGAUGGAUUAUCUGCAAUCUUUUUUUAAAACAUUUGAUAAAACAGUUUCCCCAUUAUACCAACGAUUAUAUAUUGAAUUUUCGAAUAGUAAAAGCAUUCCACAGGAAUUACUUCAGGCCAAUGUUCUCCCAAUCCCCAAGCCUGUAAAGGACCGAGACACCCUGUCGAAUUAUUGACCUAUUUCUCUGAUAAACCUAGAUGUAAAAAUAUUUUAAAAAAUAAUGGCAGAAAGAUUAAAAAUUAUAAUCCCUGAAAUCAUUCAUAAAGAUCAAACAGGUUUGUGUCAGGUAGCGAUAUUGCUGAUAAUACACGUAAAAUCUUAAAUAUAAUAGAUCAUCUAAAAAUACAAAAAAUACAAUCAGUCUUUAUAGCGUAAGAUGUAGAGAAAGCAUUCAACGGGGUGAACUAAAUGGAGAAAUUUGGCCUGACAGGUUUUUUUUAAAGAGAGUGCAAUGUCACUAUGUACAAACCUAUGAGCUAGAGUUAUUUUUCCUGGUAUGGUAUCUAAUUGGUUCCACAUUCGGAAUGGUACCAGACAAGGCUGUCCUCUGGCGCCACUCCUUUAUGUAUUAGCUAUGAAACCUCUAGCAGCGACAAUUAGACAAAAUGACAAAAUUGAAGGGCUGCAGAUUCAUUCAGAACAUCAUAAAAUUGCUCUACAUGCGGAAUAUGUCAUUCUAAAUUUCUCCAAUGCAAUAGAUUCAAUUUUAAAUUUAUUGAACUUAAUAUCUGACUUUGGCAAUUAUUCUGGCUACAAAUUAAAUAUGAACAAAACACAAAUAUUAACUUUCAGUAUAAAGGAAAGGUUUAAAUUGUUUUUUUAUGAUGAUAAAAUAGAAUAUCUAGGAAUUCUAAUUACAUCAAAUAUAGAUAAAAUUGUAGAAGAUAAUUAUAAGAAAUUAUUAUCAUUAUUUAAUGAAAAUUUUCAAAAUUGGAAAGGGUUAGAGAUCUCUUGGAUGGGACGUAUGAAUACGAUCUCAGCAUAAGUAAUACCAAAAUGUAUUUCUUUAUUUACAUCCAUACCCAUAAGAGUAAGACGCUCAACACUUAAUUUAAAAAAUUGUUUCUGAAAUUUAUUUGGGGGAAUAAAAUACCUAGAGCUUCAUGCAAUACACUAACUAAAAGAGUGAAUACAUGUGGAACAAAUCUUCCUGAUAUAAUAGAAUUACAUGAUUGUACUAUGCUUACUCACUUUUUAAAAUGGGAUAAUUUUAUUAAUCCUGAUCCUAGCUGGAAACAUUUGGAAACAAAAAGUAAUAUUCUAUUUAAAUUAGCUUGGAUCGGUUCUGAACAUUAUAAAAAAAUGUCAUUAUCAAAUAAAAUUGUAAAUGAAACAAUUACCACUCUCAAAUUAUUUAAAAAGAAAUUGGGCAUUUGUAAUGAAUUAAUCCCCUCUGUACCAAUUCAAGUUAUUAAAUUCUAUAUUGGUGACAUAGACUUAUCGAAAUGGACAGAAAGUAAUUUACAAAAUAUAACUCAAAUUUCUCCCUUGGGGAAAAUAAAAUCAUUUAUAAAUAUUCAAAUUCAAUUUGGAUUGCCCAAUCUAGAACUGUUCAAUUAUGUUAAAAUAAGACUUAUUAAAUGCCUUAGAUAUCAAAGAACACCCAGAAUUUGAAAAUCUAAUUAAUAAACAUUAUAAAAACAGACACAUUUCUAAAGUAACACAUAUGGUUAGGACCUAAUGGUCAUAGAUAAACCCAAUUCCAUAAAAAAAUGGGAAAGCGACAAACAAAUCGUUCACACUGGAAACAUGGGGAGAUAGAAUUAUUGAGAUAAGUAAAAUCAAUCACAGCCUUAAAAUACAAGAGAUUUUUUUUUUAAAUUGUCCACUGAUGGUAUAUCACUCGGUAUAGAAUUAAAAAAAUGUAAAAAUAGCUAAUCAGAUAAAAGAUGGAGAUGCUCUAAAGAAAUAGGUACAUUAUAUCAUAUGUGGUGGAAAUGCGAGAAAUUGGAAGAAAUAAAAAGAAAGGUCUCUAAUAUAUUUUUAGAAUUAGGAUUACAACAGGCAGUACUAUUACCCCAGACAUUAUUUCAUUUUGAUUUCCCAAAUUGCAAUUAUGAACAAAAAAAUGUAUUAUUCAUAUUUUUAUGGCAAUUAAAUUUACAUUAGCCAGAAAUUGGAAAAAACCCAAUGACGCAAAUAUGGCCAAUAAUAAAUAGCCAGAUUAGAUUUCACCAACAGAGGGAGGAAGGAUUCUAUAGAAAGUCAAAUAAGAUCUCAAUACAUAAAAAAAAUAUGGCGAAUGUGGACUAGUAUCUUAUAAAUCAAAUGUAAUUAUACACCCUGAGAAUAAAACAAAAUAAUUAAAUAGAAAAGGUGAUAUAAAAAAUUAUUUUUUGUAUCAGAAUAAAAGUAUCACAUUUUCUGAAAUAGCUUAUAUAUUGAACUCCUUUCCAUACCCGAAUUAUAAUUAAAUAUAUUAUAAUUUUCUCUGUAAUUAAUCAUGUCAAAGGUUAAAUUGACUUCAACUUAUUAUAUGUUUAUUGUUAUUGAACAGUAGAGUGAAUGAGGAAUGAAUGGGGGUUUAUACCAUUGUAUAGCGCUACGGAAUCUGAUGGCGCUAUAUAAAUAAUAAAAUAAUAAGUAGUUAUGUUGCAAUACCGCACUGUUUAUAUUCCAUGGACAUAAAUAAAUUCAGAGUUUUUUUUAUUUUUUUAUUAUUGCAGCUAUUACAGUUUGGUUUGUAUCUUCCUUACUUGUUUUGUAUUGUUUCUUUGAAUGUUGCUGAAAUAUCAAUCAAUUUUAUUUCCAUUCCGUAACUGACUUCAUAUGUUUUAUGUUCUAGAUUUGGCUUGAUCCAUGCUGUGUUCACCAACCUCCUCCUCUGGGCUAAUGGAAUACUAACUGAAUCAAAGCAUCAGCUGAAUGAACAUAAAGAGAGAUUGAUUACUCUAGGAUUUCCAAACAUAACGAUGGGUAAGGAAUUUGCUGAAUUAUUGCACUAUAAAACAACCCAAAAAGUGAACACCGGAAUCCAGAUUUUUUUUAUUUUCAGGGAAAGUAAUGCGCAGUAUUUUGAAAACACCUUAUGUACAGGCAAAUCAUAAAAUAGGACAUAACAACACCUUGUGCUCAACUUGUUCUUCCAAUCGCCAUCCUGCAGCACUGCGGUUCUGCUAUGCUGUGCCCUGUCUGAUACAUCUUUCCUUGUCGACAAAUUUAUAACAUGGCAGACAUCUGGCCUGCCCAUUGAACAAGGUGAACUGGGACCACGUCUUGGCCCCAUGCUUUGGCAAACCCUGUAGGUAUAUACAUAUACAAGACAACUUUGCUGUCUUUGCUGGAACAGUCUCACUUUUUUAAAACUUAUCCUAGCAAAAUAGGUAUUGUUGCUUGUCUCUCUUUCUAAAAUAUUUCUAGCAGUUACAGUUUGUGAUUGGUGUUAUUAAAUAAAAAUAAUAUCUGCAUUGAGCUUCUGUGUGGUAGGACUGGUUCUCCUGUAGACUCUCAUAAAAUUGGUGUGAAUUGGUCUAACAAUAAAUCAUAAACUUCAUCUGAUUUAGAAACUAUUCAUGCUUUAGUACACAUAUUUCUGCAACAUUAUUUACCACUCCCAUAAUGUUAAAACUGCAUACUUUCUGCAAAUUUCUAUACUAACCUUUCUCCUUUGUAGAUCUCCAUACACCAGAAUGCAAUUGCACGUCAAGUGUCUGCUCCAUAUUUUCACAAGGAAUAUACUACCUGUAUCCAUUUACAAUAGAAUACCAUAUUUUAGCCUCCACCAUGCUGUAUGUGUUAUGGAAGAACAUUGGACGCACAGUAAAACACAAUCAGCAGCAGAAAAUCCAUUUUAAGUUCCAUGGCAUAACAGCUGGUACGGUAAUGGGGCUGCUUGUGCUCACGACGACCAUUGGUGUCCUUGUGGUAUAUCUGAUUCAAAUUGGACGUUCUAAGAGCAAGAGUGAGAUGGCCCUCACUAUGUUUUACCUCUAUGCCAUCACAGUAUUGACUCUCAUGUGUACAGCAGCUAUCAUAGGCCUCAUUAUAUACAGACUGGAAAAUAAAUCACUGGAUGACAGCGAAAGUCCUGCAAAGAAAUUAGACUCCGAUCUUUUAGUAGGUUCCUCUUGUGGGUCAUGGCUCAUAUCGUGGGGUUCAAUAUUAGCCAUAAUCUCUGCAGAGACUCACCCUGGUUACGCAUGGUAUAACCUGCCUUAUUCAAUACUGGUGAUUAUUGAGAAAUACAUUCAGAAUUUAUUUAUCAUUGAAUGUAUCCAUCGAAAAGAAGACGAAAAUGAUGACCGAACUGUUGAAAGGAUUUUUUCCGUGUCAAACCGCAGUACCUUGUCUCUCACGCCUUCCUAUGAAGUGUUCAAUGAAACUGUAACUAUCUGCAGUGAGUUUCCCUACAUGUCCAAUUCAAAUCUCGGGGAAGGUUGUGUGGAUAAGAAAAAUCAGGAAAAUAAUAAUUGUCUUAGACUUACACCAUCUAAUAUUUCUAUCCAUGCAUGUCGAUCUGCAAAGCUCAAUAAGAAGAGAAGAAUUCUUAAAAACAUUGCAGCAUUUUUGUUCCUUUGUAAUAUUUCCGUAAGUUCAUUUAUAUACUUUUUGAAAUUUGUGCACGCUAUAUUUUAUCUGUAGUGGUCUAUUGCAUAUUUAUUAUUGCUUAACCUACUAUGAAAUAGAAAAGUACACAUUUAAAUUCUGUGCACACUAAUCUAAUAUGCACAAAUAUACACAGAAUAUAUGAAUAGAAUAAAAAUCCAAAAUUGAAAAAAAUAUAGAAAAGCAAUCAAGCUAUAGCGCAGCGGUUCCCAACCUUUGGUAUGUAUAUCCCCAGGGGUCCAAAGUACUGCCGGUGCAGCUGGCUAAGAGACAUAUGUCAUCAGGGACUCAGUUGUGCACUGCAGUUCUUUAACAGCACGACCACACUGGGAGGAAGUGAGAGCUGUAUGUGUGUCUUUGUGUGUUUGUAUCUACAUGUGUGUCAGAAGAAUGUGUAUCUGUAUGUCUGUGUAUCUGUGCUUGUGUACAUCUGUAUGUGUGUAGUGUUUGUAUCUGUACGUGUGUCAGUGUGUGUAUCUGUGUGUCUGCAUGUGUGGCAGUGUUGGUAUCCGCGUGUCUGUUUAUCUGCAUGUGUGAAGCAUGGGGAACUUGGUGCAGAUGAAAAGCAGGGGAGCCUGGGGCACAGGCGAAGCAGGGCAUAUAUUUGGGGCAGAGGAGGAGUAGAGGGAGCCUAGGGCAGAAAAAAAUGGUAGAUGGGGCAGAAAAAAAUAUAUGCAUUUGAAAUAACAGCAACUAUAUUAAUUACAAACAUUUUGCCAAUAUGAGGGGUACAAUUUAUGUAAAUGAGCUGCCAAGGUGUACAAAGUAAAAAAAGAUUGGGGAAACACUGCUAUAAAGGAAAUGAUAUGGUACGGAAGCUAGUAAACACUGGCCCCUAGUGGUCUGAAGGUUAAUUUCAAAGCUAUAAUACAAUAUUUGUUCUCUGUUUGUGUGUAAAUAUUAUAUAAAUAAAUAUUAAUUAGGUUUCAUGCCUAAUUUAAAAAUAUAAAACGAAAACAUGAAUGUUGCUAAUGCAGCUUUUUUUAAUUUGAUUUGUGUUCUAAUUGAAUACUGAUUUAAUAACUACAGCUCUCAAUAUAACACAACAUAUAAAUAUGCAUAUACUAAAGGACACAUGGACAGAUAUGUCAUCGGGCAAAUUUUUAAAGUUUCUAAAUACUAACUAAGGAUGGUUCUGUAGGUGAUGUAGGGGCUGAAGUAUGUGCUUAAUGAUUUGAACAGUACGAAGAGCUUUUCUGAAUCACGAGAUGUCUAUUUAACAUAAUUUGUUGUAAACAGAUAGGAACAUGACUCAACAGUGGUGGUGAGCAUCUCAAACAGGUUAAUCUGUUUUAGGUCUGAAGCAGAGGGGACUAUCUUACUUUUGAAGGUGAGAACUCCAUGGAUCAAGUUGCUCUGAUCUUUUCACUGGCUAGAUCUUGUUUUUUACUGAGAGCAAUGGAAACAGUCCAUAACUCUAACAGGCAUGCUAAAGUUUUGAUUACAUAUCAGCUGGUCAUGUGUAUUGGCAAUUUAAUGGCCCCUGAUAAGUGAUCGUUGAAAUAUCCGCUGUUAAACUUCCCACACAAGUAUCGAGAUAAGUGAGACUUACCUGUCAGAGCACGCUGACUCAAAUUGCAUAACCAUAUAAGUUCUUUUGAUCAGUCUGCGCCAAGCUCUCUUUUUUAUUAUUUUGUUUUUGUUUUCUUUUAACAGUAUUAUUGUACUCAGAUAGAGCCGCCUCCUGCCGCUUAUAGGUGGGAGCUGGCGGGGGAGGACAGGGGUUAUCAAUUUUAACCCUCCAUGUGCAGCUCAUGAAUGUAGGUUGCUGGGGACUAUUAAUUGGAGCCUCCAUCCACUUCUCAUGGGUGGAGCCUGGGGUAUUAUUAGAACUUCCACCCACUGACCACUGGGGUGGACACUAAAUACCUCCAUUCAUUAUUAUUGCACUGUCCCCCUGCUUUAUUACCUAAAUUAGUAGCCCCACCAUGGGGGCAUGGAGUUGGACACUUGUCUGUUCACCCUGUUUUUUAAAUGGGUGCCCACAGCCGAGGCCCACAAGUGGGGGCAUGGGAAUGCUGAGCCCUCCUGCUAUAUCAAUUACCUGAAUAGCCACUGGAACACAGUGGGUGGACAGUGAAGCCCCCACCCAAAUGCACCUGUGAAUUUCUAGUGACUGUUCAGUAAUAGCUGCCUAGCCCUUUUGCAUUUAUGUUGGCUGCAAUUUUCGUCGUGUUUUGCCGAUAUUUUAGCAUGAAGGCCACUGUGCUUACUGUUUUACGUCUCAGUUUAGGAAUAUAGUAGACAUGUCAGAUUUUUUUGUAUUUAUUUAUUUUUAACUUUAAUUAAACACAUAAUUAUAGCACAUACAUAACCAUGCUUGCACUGUUUGAUGCUCUUUCUUUUCUCCUGCAGCUUUGGAUCCCACCAGCAUUUGGAUGUCGCCCCCAGUAUGACAAUGGAUUGGAGGAAGUGGUGUUUGGGUUUGAACCCUGGAUCACUGUCGUUAAUCUUGCAAUGCCUUUCUCUAUUUUUUACAGAAUGCACUCAGCAUCGUCCUUAUUUGAGGUUUAUUGUAAAACAUAA